GGGAGAGAGAGAGAACGAGAGAGAGAGAGAGCGAGAGAGAGACUUCCUUGACAUUCUCUGGUGCUUACUUACUUAAGGCUUCUAAAAUUUAACAAAGCAGAGAGACCCAUGCAGGCCUUGUCACCCUAGAGGCUCUUGAGCAGGGAAUUGGCUUUUCUUUCAUCUCCUCUUUUCCCCCAAGUUCACUGUGGUGGCUGAAAUCUGGAAGCCCCACUUGUGCCUCAUGGAGUUGAUUGGCUCUUGGUUGCCUGGAGCACCUGGGAAGGGUUCAGAGGAAAAGUGGAGAUGAGCAACAUGGCUCCCCCUGCCUAAAUGGACCAGUGGGAGCUGUGAACAGCGCAGCUCUGAGAGUGUCUGACUCUCCUUGAGACCAGGUAGCCUGCCCUCCCUCCCUUCCUCCUAUCUUCUGCCCUUCCAUUCUCCCUUCCUGCCUCUCUCACCCACAGCACAUAUCCAGAGUCCCUGUACCCUGGGCUUCUGUCCCAGCACUGACCUUUACUAUUUAAUUUACUUUUCUCCAAACCCUGGGAGGCAGAAGCCAAGAGGGGCCGCUCGCUCAGGAGCACAUGCAGCAGCUGCUGCCACAGGUCAGCUCCCAAAUCAACCUGGUAUUUUUACUGCACUGGGGAGGAGGAAAGUGAUGGAGUGCUCCGGACUGAACUGGGAGUGAUGAGAGCCCUAGGGAGAUGGAAGGAAGGGGCUGGCUGGGCUCUACCAGAAAGCUCUCCUAUUUGGCUGCACAGGAAAUAAGACCCUACAGAGAAAAGGCCCAGGAUGGAAUUCCCUGCACCAGAACCCUCUGCCCAGGGCUUCUCCUCCAUCACUGUCUUGCUUUGGUUCAGAAGGAGUACAUAUGGAGGAGUCUUCCUCACUAAAGAGGAACAUUCCAGAGCUGUACAACCAGUGGGGACAGCCAUGGCUGCCAAUAAAGCUGGCUGGUCCUGCACCCCUCACCCGGGUCCCCUGCACCCCUCACCCGGGUCCCCUGCACCCCUCACCCCUCUCCUUUUCAUCUUCCUUUUCAUUGGGGACGUCAGAACCUUGACCUGACUCAUGAGUGAUUUCCAUUUCAGACAUGCCUCAUUGCACAUGCAACAUGUUUAACCAGUGUCAGGUGUGCCAGACACCGUGUGAAGCACUUGAAAUAUAUUCUCUUCUCAUACCAGCUCCCUUGGGGAGAUAUUAUUAUCCCUAUCUUAGCAUUCAGAAAAUAGGGUCCCAGAGAGGUUGACCAACCUACCCAAGGCCACAGAGCCUUGGUUGAGCUGGGAAGAAAAAAAAAAAAAACCUAAGGAUCAAGAUCCCGAAUCUUCUAACCUGACUACAGCCCCAUGCCAAUGUUUCCAGUCACUCUUGGGUAGGUAAUUUUCAGUGUUCCUUCUGUUAAAAAAAAGAAAGAAAGGCAAUUAAGAGAUGCUUAAAGACAGCCAACAGAUGUAGCAAUAGGGAGUAGAGCCACUAUUGGAUGGAGAGGUCCCUGGACCAUUAACCUACAAACUGCAGGAUGGGACCUGCCUCGGAGACUCCCAACACAGGAGGGCCCUGUCCAUCAACAAAUCACUGGAUGUGUUGUACUGGGCACUCAGUACAAACCGUACAGGAAUAGGUCUUUCUGUGGAGACACAUUUGAGGAAUGUCACAAUAGAGAGUAGGGGAACAAAAGAGGCUCCGUGUGUGAUAGAAUUGAGGGAGCAGUACAGCGUAGUCAAUGAAAGAGCAGGGUCCACUCCACACUUCCUUGGCUUGAAUCAGGCUCCACCACAUGCAGUCUCAGCCUCGGAUUCCUCAUCUGUAAAGUGGGGUCAUCUCAUAUCAAGAUCUAGUUCUCUGUUCUCCUUUUAACCUUUUAGCACUGAAAUGCUGCUGACUCUAGACAGGGUCAGUAGUGAAUAAUUCUGAUUUUCCAGACACACAGACAGGGGGACUGGUUCUUAACAAGUGGUGUGAUAGAAUGAAAGGGGGAUACCUCACUUGGGCAAGCUUCAUUCUCCUUCAGCUGACCAAGAACUGUCCACAAUGAGGCUAACACCCUCUGCCUAAGGAGGACCUGGUGUUGGGCUCCUUGUGGUCUACAACAUUCUGAUCCACUCAUUUGCAAGUUAUUUUGAACCAAGUUGCUGUUUGGAAACUCAAACCAUUCAUCAAUGGCCUACCUACCUCACCACCUCCAUCCAUGUUUCCAGUUCCACAUGAAAUCUUUCUGUGGAGAUGCCUUCCCCACCUGACUUGAACAGAGCAACAUCCCCUGAACAUUGUCCCCAGAUCCCUGUGUUCACACUGGCUAUCAGACAGAAUUUCUGAUCCUAAUAAGACUGAUGAAACAGUCAGACACUAUUUUGUCCAAGAAUUAGCAGUCACCAUUAAAAUUCAAGAAAUCAACUUAAAUUAAGAAGCAACUGAACUCGUUUGUGUCCACUUCCUAGAGACAUUCAAGAAGCUAGUGUCCACUACCAUUCUUGGAAAAAGACCCUUUCUUAUUUUUUUCCCAUUACUUUGUUAAAAAGAGCCUAAGAAGACCACCCUGGGUUGGGAAAGGGUGUAUUUGGUUCACGAUUCCAGGUUAUAGUCAUUCCUUGCAGGAAAGUUAAGGCAGCUAGCUAGUCACAUUAUAUCCAGAGUCAAAAACAGAGAGCAAUGAAUGAAUGCUGGUGCUCAGUUAGCUCAGUUUCUCUACUGUGUAGGCAAAGAUCUCAAGCCUAGGGAAUGGUGUUGCCUGAGAUGGAUGUGUCCACACCUAUUAGGAUAACUAAAUCAAUCUCUCCUAGGUAUCUCAGAGGCUCAUCUCCCAAGUGACUCUAGAAUGUGUCAGGUUGAUGAUUAAAACUAACCAUCUCAUACCCUAUACUCACAUAAAAACAAACAAACAAAUAAACACUGUUAGGCCAACAUCAGGGUGCUCUGAGGUUGUUCUAAUGGAUAGAGACUGAGGAGAGACUCCACAGAGCCUCUUUCCUCCCUUUGGGGCACUGAGGUCACUAUUCAUGAGCAGAGUCUUGUGUUUGGUCCGACCUGCCACGAGCAUCUUUACUCUUCCUCAUAAUCGGGACCCCGUUACUUGGUGAGGCAUCUUUGAGGUUGGAAGGGCAGUUACUGCUACUAUGGUCAUAAAGGUGGAAGGACUGAGGACAGUGAGAAGUCAUGUGCGCGAGGUCAUUAGGUUAAGGCUCUUCUGAAGUAUGGAAAGGACCUGUGUCUGCUCCAAGACCUUUUAACUUCCUGGCACUGAGUUCAGUGAUGGAAACCAGGUAGUUGUCAUAACUGGUCACCUGCCUUCCAUCUAUGGGUGUUUCUUGUUACCAGGAGCUAAAGAUGAGCAACAGGUGAGGCGCCCAUUGCGUCUAUUUUCAGGACAUUGACAGUCCCUGGGGCUUGCCCCCCAGAGGAGUCAUUGAUGGGGUGAGCACACCGCACGCAGGUGCUGUGAAGCUUAUACCACACGGACUGCAUCUUUCUCCCAGCUUUUCCUGAGGCUUUGCUGAAAAUGGGUUGGCUGGAGUGGAAAGCCAUGGGAGAAAUGAAAUGGGCAGAGGUGAGACAGGAAGGAGAGGCAGCAACUGAUUCCCAGUGGAGCUGACAGACCGUGGAGAGAUGCUGGGCCUUUUCAAAGGGCUGCUCAGAAUCAUGAAAAGGAUUUAUGUUUGCUGAGCUGGGGAGUGGCCACUGUGGAGACAGGAAGACAGGAGGAGGAUGGCUAUCAGCAGUAGCAAUAGGGAGUGAGCUGUAUGUGAAUCCUAGGAAUAGAAGCUUUGAAGACAUGAUGGAUAAUGACCUCUGAGCAGAAAGGGAGAGAAGAGAUGGGCCCGCACUGGGGUCUACACACAGUAGAAGUUCAGAAAACAUUCGUGUGCCCAAGACAGUUGAUGCAGAUACAUGAGUUAGGGAGCUGUGUCCUGAUGGUUUGGGGUCAUUGGCCUUAGGUGACACUGUGCUGGCAUUUGGGUACCGUUUCCCCUCCUUCAUGGCUUUGUCUGUGAGCUGCACUGUCUUCUCUGCAGUACUUGUCAAUCUUGUUGACACACCACAUUUGGCAAUCAUUUUAUUUUUAUCACUUUAUUAUCGUCUUUGGAAGCCAGGCACCACAGGUGACCUCCUCAAAAGCUCUCUGCAGAACCGCCGUGUAUAAUUAGUAAAUGGGGAAAUGUGUCACAUACAGAGGAGUCUCCACUAUGGCUCUCCCUGGAGCGUGGGCAGGCCUUGUUUCCCAGCUGGGGACACACAUCAGGACCACUAAGGAAGGAGGCCAGCCCAGGAAUUGCCUGCUCUACCCUCUGUGCUCUAGUUGGCAAGAGGAAGACGCCACAGCAGGUGAAACUCCAGGCCCUUCUGCUCAUCCAACAGGAAAGGAAAAGAACAAAACAGAAAACGCUAGAAAAAUGGAGUGCUGAUCCUUUAGAGCCCAGAGUUCAGAGUCUGAGAAUUCAUUAACUUCAUCUUAGCGGUAUUUUAUGUUUAUGCCUGUGUAUGUAUGUGCGCAUGUUGGUUUGUGUUCUUAUGGGCAUACAUAUGUAUACGGGUGCAUGAGGUCAAGCUCUGGUGUCAUUUCUCAGGAGCCAGCCACCUUGAAUGGUUCUUGAAACAGGGUCUCUAGUUGAUCUAUAGCCCACUGAGUAGGCUAGUCUGGCUGGCCUUGGAGCCACAGGGACCUGAUUGUUCCUUCCCAGCACUGGGUUUCCAAGGACCCCCAUGAUGCCUCACUUUUUAAAAUGGAUUCUGGGAAUUGAAGUCUUCAUGGUAAGCACUUUACGGAGCCUCCUCUCUAACUCCUUUUGGCAAUAUUCUGUGCCAAACGUAGCCACAGAUAAUGUGGGACAUGAGAUAAGGCUGUCUAAGUAACUGAAAAUACACAGUGAUGUGUAAUAGCGAUGCUUGCAUUUGGUUGCGAUUUUCUUGAGGGCAGGGAUUGACUCUGACUCAUUCCUGUGCUUUCCAAAGUUGGUACAUGACUGCAGAGAAAGGACUCAAUAGUGCUUGCUAAACAGAUGGACAGAUCGAUAGUUCAUAACAAACGGAUGGCUGAUAUGCUUAGGUGCAGGGAGUCCUGAAUAGUAAAACAUGUCCGUAAAGUUUUUGCCAAAGCCAAGCUGGCAUCCCCAAUUCAUCCCGAGACUCCUGCCUCCAACCACGGAAUCUUCACCACAAUCCUGCCUCACUUUGUAUUUGAGUUACUGGGUGAUCUUGGCUCAGUUUCUUCUUGGACCACAUUGGGCAAGAUUUUUCAUUUGUUGACAAACAGUUUUGAAACUGAUCAGUCCAGCGAAUUUCAAAUGGAGGGGCACACAGUUUUGAAACUGAUCAGUCCAGCGAAUUUCAAAUGGAGGGGCAGCAGAGUUUGUGUAUUCCAACAACUUAUGCUCAGAAAUGAGUGCCUUCCCCAGUCUGCUGGAGGGUCAGGUAGCUGAGCAAGACCAUGGGGAAAGACUUGGCAGGGAGAGGAAAAGUCUGGGAACGAGAAUAGACUCUAAGGUGCACCAGAAUGGCUGAACACUGGGUUUUUAAGCCACCUGCUGGUAGGGGAUGUUUGCUCCCUUGGAUAUCUUAGACUUGCCUAGAAUUCUCUCUGUAGCCGGUGGUGGCCUCAAGCUUGUGAUGCCCCUGUCUUGACAACCUGAGUGGCUGGGAUUAUAUGUUAUCACACUUGAGCUGGCUGGGAUACUUUUCCAAUCUUUCCAAUCAUUUGUUCUGUUAGACACAGUGGGCCCAGGGAAUACAGAGUGGAGGAAACACAGCCUUAGUCUGAGGAAUUUACCACCCAGAAUAUUAUUGGGUAAGAGGCUCGGGAAUGUUUUGUGUUGUAAGGGGAAAUGAAUUGAGCUGCUACAUUUUUUUGGACUGGAACUAUUGACUUUGACUUUGUUUUGAGUGGCAAGAACAUGAAUCAGGUGUCUGGUCUGUACCAGGCACAGUGCAUGCUGUCUCGGUGAGUGUUUAGACACAUCUGUGGAAGCCAGGUCUUAGGAGAGGAGCUCAAAGGUUGAAAGUUGCUGGCAACAUCUGCUUACUCCAGACUUUAUCUUCCAGCUGUCUCCAGCUGCUCCAGGGACUAGAAACUGCCAGGAACAGACAACCAGAAGUAAGUUUAGCCUGCCUGGCCAAGCUCUACACACACCCAACUCCCAGUCAUCCAUGAGUCUGCAGACACAUCCGGGACCGGAGACAACUUUUGACUUCCUUCUUGCCUGUCAUGGGCCAUUUGUGGUCUGUAAAUAGCUGGGUGUUUCUCUAGAGUGUGAGGCUUGAGCUGACAGUGACUGGAUAGUACCAUUCUUAUUGCGACCUGGUACCUGCCUCCAAAGAUGCCAUGUUGAUGAGGGGCUUCUAAAACCAUGGAAAGUUCAUUAAGGGGGUGUAACCUGAAAGGGGGUUACAUCCCACAGUAUAAUUGGCUAAUGUUUGUAGGGUCUCAGCCAUUCAUCUGAGAUGCUUUGGUGGAAAAUUAGACAUGCAGAAUCUUGAGCUCUGGUCUUAUUCAAUUUUUAAUUAAUUUUCAUGUAAUAAGCUGUAAGCACAUUAAUAUCAAUGAGUUACUUCCUGCAGUGUGGCUAGCAUAUGGCUUUCAGGAGCCAGGGGUAUUGUCUUUCCCUUUAUUUGGGUUGAAUAAAGAUUACUGAUUCUCUCAAGUAUUAUUUUCUGACUUCUUUGGAGGUGGGGCUAGAAGAGAUUAAUUAAAUUUCCCCAGCACGCUUGGGUUGAGAUUUCACAGGCGUUUAGCUGGGGAGCAACAAGAAGACUCAUCUUCUUGUAUGCAGGGCUCAUCCAAGACUGAGCUGCCAGAGGAACCAGCAACAGCCUCUGGAGCACGGUGAGCUCAACAUUGUUAUGAGAAGGUCUGAGAAGAAUUCCACAGUGAAAAUAUGUAAAGUAUGUAUGUGGCACGCUGUGCCUAGACACCAAGGUCCUGCCCAGCCCCGUCCUUUUUUCAGACAAAUGUGCUGUCGCCAUUUGAGCACCUCUGGUGCACAGAUGAGAUGUACCCCAGUAUCUGGGAGGCAGCCGUCUAGGAUGAAGUGUUUUAACACGAGCACAGCAGCAAGUCUCAAGUAAAGCUACAAAUCCAUGAGAGACCCAUCAACGACGGCGACAUCAUUCGUAGCACAGUUACAAAAGGGAUAGUUUUGGAUGAAUGGAAUUUAGAUAUAAAGGAAAUGGUAGUCAUUCCCGGAGCGAGGGAAAACGCAAACAGUGCCCCAAAAGAGUGCAGGCAAGGGGGUUGGGGAUUUAGCUCAGUGGUAGAGUGCUUGCCUAGCAACUGCAAGGCCCUGGGUUCGGUCCCCAGCUCCAAAGAAAAGAAAAAAAAAAGAGUGCAGGCAAGGUCACCAAAUCCAAGGAAAGCCUCCGACAUGCUUGUCUUUCCUCCAGCCAGGUGAGUGUCUUACUGCUUGUCACUUCCCUCCCUUCCAGGUGUCCUAUGUCAAGCAGCCAGCAUGCCUGACAGUGCCAAGGCUGGGACGCAGAAGAGUCUUCAUGGCAGCCAGGCCUCUUAGGGUCUGGUCUUGUGUGCAUCCUAUGUGUCGUGGCUCCCUUAUGUCCCAGAGUCACUAAGAAUGGUGCCUCUGCAGUGGAGAGUAGAGGUGGCAUGAAGUGUUGAAGUUGGCAACAGGGAUAAGUCUGGGUAAUGGAAGUCUAUGCAGGAAAUCUCUUUUGCUCAACCUUUCGAGUCUGAGUUAUUCUUCAUGCUUGAUGGAAGUGGCAUAAGAUCCCUAUCAAAUCCCCCUUUGAUGAUUGAGAAUAUUAAGGCACUCCAGGCCCGUAAGCCUGAACCUCAGUUCCCAAGAGAGUCAAGUUCGUGCCCCAAAUCUUGGAUAAGACUGGUUUCUUGUCUUCAGGCUUCUUUUGUCUCUUGAAAAGAGAGAACCAGGGCCGUAGAGAGCUUCCCACGAAGACACUGAGAACUUAGACUUAGCUAGGUCUGUUGAUCUGAAGUAGCUUUAUUUCAGAGGCAUGGUGCUAUUUUGAUGACGCCAGCUCAGAGACGCUUGAGUAAGUGAUGAGAGGAAGCGCGAGUUUGGGUUUGGCUUGCUCCAGCCAUGUGGUUUUCAGCAGAAUUUGCAGCUUCCUGUUUGGCAUCUCCCAUCCUCAUCGCAUCCAUCCCAUGAGAUGGAGCUGACUGUACCCUGAUCUAUAGUUAAAAGUCGUUCUUCCCCCCAAAGAGCCCACAGGAUUCUCAGUGUAGGAGCUGGGAUGCUGACCCCAUGGCUAGCUGUAUCUGAAGGACUCUGAAUAAAUCAAUCAGGAUUUGCCUCCAUAGAAAAGACAAUUGACCUCCUUGCUCUAAUCCCCAGCUUUCAGCAGCAUUCUCUGCCAAGGACAACAGCAUCCACCUACAAGUGGCUCACUGGCAAACGGGGACAGUCAGCUGGAUGGUAGCAUCUCUCACAAUAAACUGCCCCAAGAAAGGACUGUGACUCGGGAAGAGGAGGGGGAAGCAGAGAGGCCACGGGCAGCUAGAAGCUCUUUGCAGCCUCAGCCAUGGAUGGUCUAAUCGCUCUUUGUUUUCUCAUUAAUUUUUUCAGUCUUCUUCCAACUGUGCUAUCAGCAGGACCUUCAUGUCCCUCCUGAAGGCCUUGCCCCUCCCCCCUUAUUCAGAAAUCGGAUGAUUGACUCAGUGCAAAGGGUCAGUCAUACUUUCUCCUCUAAUCAGUGGAGGUAGCAGAGCUCACUGCUGCUUCACACAGAGCAGCUGGUUAAGACUGGUUUAGAGCCCAGUGUGGAGGCACAGGCUGUAACCUACCAUUUGGGAGGUGGAGGCAAGAGGAGCAGGCUGGAUUACAGGAGACUCUAAAAACAAAAUGAAAACGGAGAUGACGCAAGGCUGCUUUGGGCAUCAGUCUCACUGGAUCUGAGGAUUAAAGGAAAACACAACUUAAUUCCCUGGCAUGAGCUUGCUACAAUGUUACCAAGACAGCCAGCAGCAGCCAGCAGCCAGCAGCCUACCAGGACACACAUCCACCCACCCCCAAAUCUCUGCUUCUAAGCUUCCUUUGAUGAAGUUGACACAAACUAUCUAAGACUAGACAGUCUGAGGCAGUGGUCCUCAACCUUUCCCAUGCUGUCACUCUUUAAUGUAGCUCUUCAUUUUGUGGUGACCAACUCCCAGUCGUAAAAUUAUUUCGUCGAUACCUCACAACUGUAAUUUUACUGCUGUUAUACAUCAUAAUUUAAAUAUCCAAUAUGCAGGAUAUCUGAUAUAUGAUCCCCCCCCCCACACACACACACAUACACAUGUUGUGGCCCCACAGGUUAAGAAACACUUCCCUAAAGGAACACGAGCUGGGGUUCCUCUGUUCAGGUCUUCCCUGUCCUGUCUGUGGAAGACAUCCUGUUGGGUGGGUGACCACUCUUAUUCCCCUCCUACAACAAGAGAAUGGCAACUAGGCUUGAUGGGGCACGCCUUUAUUCUCAGCUCUGAGACCAAAACAAGUUUACUAGUUCAAGGCCAGCCUAGGCUGUGUAUCUAGAGCCUGGGUUUUUUGUUUGUUUGUUUGUUUGUUUGUUUGGGGUUUCUUUUUGGUUGUUGUUGUUAAAACAAAGUUUAUAAAAACAGAAUGGCAGUGUGUUUAGACUUGGUUGGGUUCCAGAGAGAUCCUAGUACUGCUUACAUGGUCCUGUGUGGCCCCUGGCCCCUCUCUCCUGCAGCUUCUGGAAUUAUUGAGGAUGCUGGUAACUAGAUAUCUAUCCUAAAUAUAGAAGAAAGGUGUGUUUAGUUUGGAUAUCAAUUUAGACCUGAACAAAACUUCUGAUUCUUCUUUAGAACCCAGGUGUUCGUGUGGCUGGAGAGAUGGCUUAGUGGUUAGGAGCUCUGGCUGCGCUCGCACAGAGCUUGGGUUUGGUCUUCAGCACCCCUAUAGUGGCCAUCACAAGCUAUUAGGAGCUGGGUAAGAAUAGAGAGGUGCGCCUCUAGGUCAGAGUCCUACUCUAUUCCAAGUUCUGGUACAAGGCUCCUACUGGGUGACUGAAAUGAGUGUGAGUAAUAAUUUUUUUUAAUCUGGUAGUUCUUGGCACCACCAUUGGUGCCAGGUCCUGGUAGCAGCCCCUGGUCACUUUUCAGCCAACCUAUCACCACCAACAGUUCCUACAGACUCGAGGCCAGCAGAUUUGGGCUCUACUCGUGACCCUGCUGUUAGCCCAAGCAAUUGGACUCCGGUCUUUCGGUACCUUGGUUCUGGUCUCAUACUAUCUCAUGAGGAUGCUGGGUCAUAACCCUCUGAUCUCUUUCUUCAGUUUCACUGUUGUAGAAAUCUCUUAACCCCGAGGUUACAAAAGUCAGCCUUGCACAGUGAUGGCUCCUAGAGGUAGGAAUACCAUUGGCUAAACACAGCCACAUUCCAGAUACUUUUACACAGAUAUCAAGUUUUCCAAAAUUUCUCCACGAGGUAGGAACUACACUGUCCGUUUAACACAGGAGAUGAUGUCUGAGGUUUGGGAAGACUGGGUUCUGAGCUCCUGUGACCAGGCUCUCAAGUAGCCUGAAUUCAGCAGGGUCUGUAAGGAAGGCACACGCUGCCUUUCCACAACCAUCUUCCCUGUUGUGACUACCAUUUCUGGGCCCCUUCAGGAAAAGCAGCAGUGGCAACAGCCUCAGCUUGAGUCAUCGGAGGGGCCAGCCCAUCCAACUGAAACCUGAGUAUCACGCUCACCUCACAGCUUCAUCCCUCCAGGCAAGGCACAAUUGGGGGAGAUCAGGCUGGCCCAUUUGUCCUCUGCUCUUCCUUGCUCCCCAUCUGUUCCCCGAGUCCCAAGCCCUGGCACACUGGGACUGGUGAGGAAACAAAGGAAGGGACUGAGUCCUCAGCACAGGUCCCAUUCUCUGUGUAUUAUUGUUGUCAGGGCAGUGUCCCAAGGUCAUCCUGCAAAAUGAGAUGUCUGGAACAUUCUUUGAGAUCCUCCUCUCUGUUAUUGAAGUUCCCCACUUCCAACCACCAGAUAACCUGCUCUCUACCUGCUGUCCCCUCCUGCAUAGCCUGCAUAGGCUAAGUUCUUUGACAGUGAUUGGUGGUCCAGAGAAUGGGUGCAUGCUUGCUCUGAAGCUAGCCUAGCACUGGCCCCACCCUCUCACUCUGCCACCACACUGUCUCAAAUCCUGGAGACACCUCUAGGUCCCACACUUCUGGCUUGGUCUGCUCCAUGAACAGAAGGGAUUAUUUCUGUAAGUCUCAGGAACUCAUGCAUGUCCUUGCAUGCCCCUCCAGGCUGUCCCUCUUCCAGGUUCUCCAACUUCUGUGCUCCUCACAGUGUCCCCUAAAGCUAAUAAGAGAUGGGUUGUGACAUGGCCUGCUUUGUCCCAUUUCUCUAUAGAUGUCCUCAGAGGGUCCGACUCCUCCUGCAUCCUCCUCUGAUGGAGUCUGAGGAUGAGCCUUGCUAUCUUCCAGAAUGCGCUGUUGGGCUUGCAUAGCUGUGUAAAGCAUCUCUCAAUGACUUUUGAUCCCUGCUACCCAUUAUCUCUAGCUCGGGGCCCAAGCCAGGAUUAAAAUAGGACAGGAAAACCGUCUUCAUGGCCUGUUCAAGUUUUACAAGGUGUUUCUGCUCUGUUGAGUUUUAUUAAAAGCAGCAUGGAUACACAUGGGUAUCUCACCCUCUGCCCGGAAACUGCCAGCAGUCCACUGCUGUCUCUCGGCCACGUCUCACUGUUUGAAAGAUUACUGCUUCCUUCCUGGGGCCAUGCUGCAUGGGGCUAGCUGAAGUCUAAGGUGGGAAACAGUAUGGUGGGCCAUGGCUCCCUGGAGCAGGCAGGUCAGGAGCCACAUGUAAUGACGGCUGGAGCUGUGUGUGUUGGGGUUGGGGGAUGGAGAUGACCACCUCAGCCUGCCUGGGAGGAGGCCCAAGGGAGUAUGAAAGACUUUGGUGUGCUGGGAAAUGAGAUCAGCUGCUAAGCGCAGUAGUAAAAGAAGAGGCCAGGCUGUCUCCACAGUUUCCUGGUUUUAUUUUGGUUCCAGAAGCUCUUACCUGGAAUUACAGUGCAUUAUUGGGGUUUUUUUCUGGCCAAAUCAAGUCCAGAGCUGGAUGCUGACUUCUGCUAGGUUUCCUGUCUUCCUGGUUCUAAUAAAGCUGAGAAACCUUUGGGAUUUAUAAAACAGAGAUGAAGGAAGCAUGCUCGGUAUCAUAAAUAGGGAUGGGAAUAAGAACAGACCUGGAGGAUCUUCCCCGGCCCACCAGGAAGAGUUGAAGCAGGCAAAGGAUUGUACACAUUUGCAGUGUGGAGGGAGGAUACCAAUAACAAGGAAAAGCAUAUGGCGAUUCCCCUUAACUAGGGACUUGUAAUAUGAUUGUGGCCAUCACAGCAUGGAAGCCUAGAUCUGUGAAUGACUGCAGUCGAGUCUCUCCAGCAAGUAAGAUCAAAUCUACUUUGCUGAAACCCAGAUUGAUCCUGUAGGAACUGCCACGACCAGUCCUUCAGCCAUGCAUUCGCUCACCACUGUGGAGUGGGCGGAAGGGGAGCCGAGAAGGAUCUGCUGGCUGGCCAGCUUCGGCUAGGGCAAACCGUUGCCAGAUGUUGUUGCUUGAAUGGGCCGAUGGUGAUUAAGUGAAGAUAGUGGGCUCCUCCCUGAAGAAGUUUUCAAUCCGAAUCAUUAAGAGUAUUUUGAGGGAAAUGAUGCCUCGCAAGUAGGCAGGUGUGCCAAGAGGCUUCUGGAUGAGGAAAGAAGAUAAGCCUGGAAAAAUGGCUUCUAAGAAGAGUAGGAGGAUCGGAGGAUGGGAGACGGUGCCAGAAGCUGAAAGAAGAUGGAUCUGGGGCCCCUGGGGGACAGUUCAAGAUCCUGUUAUAAGUUCUUUGGGUCCUGAGUCAUCCUGCAGUUUCCCAGGCACGCCACCUUUCUAACCAGUUACAGGGCUCUGGAGAGGCACAAGUUCUCCACAAGCCUCACUGGAGCUGAAAGGCAUGCAGUCUUCUGAGGCCACUGUUCGUCCAAUGCCGGUGCUGUCCUGAUGAUACAGGGUGUUGACCUUUCCUCUCCAUACUGUUCAUGUGUGGCUGGUCCUGCCGAUUCAGCUUCUACUAGGCAGUGACAGGCUGGAGAAAGGCUGAGAAAGGGCCCUGGGGAUUAUGUCAUGUGAAGAAGAGAGGACUUUGGGCAGAGAUGUGGAAAAGAAAGACUUGGGGGCUAUGCUUCGCCUUUGGCAUGCUGGAGCAUCCAUUCAUAGAGAACUGAACUGGGCUCUGCCUCUACAGGGCAGAUGCUGGACUAAAGAACCGAUCUUUGUAGAGGUCGGUCUGAGCUUUCUAAUUGACAACAGUCUUGCUACAAUGUGUCUCUUUACCAAGUGCUGAGCCCCUUGACAAAUAGAGAAAGCACGCACAAGCUAGGAGCUCCACGUGAAAUGCUGCAGAAGAGGUCUCUGAGAUGGCUGGGGUCCUGAGCCGCCCCACCUAACGCUCUAUUCUAGUGCUUUUUUUCUGGGAAACAAGGUCUUGUCUGACCACUGACCUGCCUAAAGGGGGAAAUGGAGUUUGUUGACUGUUGCUUUUUAAAACUGAAUUUAGAAGCAGGCAAAAAGCAAAUCUAUUUUCAGAGCAGCACAUGCCAGCACAAUUUAUAUCAAAACUCCCAUCUGCUCCCCUGAAAGGCAAUGAUGUGGACCAAGCAUUUGGUGAGCCAGCAACAGGCUUACUUGUUGAAGAAUGGCUUCUCCACAAGGAUGCCCAAUUAGACCCCUAAAUCUAAUAUGUGUCUUUAGGUGACAUCCCCGCUGUUGUAGUCACCAUGAUCAAAUCACAACUGCCCUCCGAACCCCCAACUUAAAGACAGAGUACUGCACUUUAAAAAGUCUCACUACAAUCGAGAUGCGAAAAACACCACCUUUGUUAACAGAACCUGCACUAGCAACAAGUGUCAGAAGGCAUAUUCCUUAUAGUCAGCCACCAUAAGGUGAUGCACUGUGAGAGAGGAAUCUUCAAACUUCCAUGGGUUGGCACAGUAAAGGGAGAUUGAUUGUUGAUGGCAUGGCCUGAAAUGGGUCAGCGGAAGCCCUGCUCUGUCAGAACAUUCAGGGACCCGGACUUCUUCUGUCUCACGGCCAUCCUGGCUGGGUACACCACGUAAAGCCUCAGAAUCCCUUUACUGGGUCUUCAGCAUAGAAAACGAAGAAGGGGCCCAAAUCGUGAUGCACGAAGUCAGGUGCCGGGCUUGGACACAAUAUCAGUCGUGUUGCUUUCCCUCCAUCAGUGUAAACAAUUCUUAAGGCUUCUGUGAGAUGACAGGGGCCUGGAGGAUGAGCUGUUCAUGAAAGGAGACCUCAGAUGUUGACAAAUACGGGAAGCCUGAGUCCUAGGAUACAGAAGAUAGAGCUUUGCAUGCAUCUCAAGAGACGGCUUCCGUUAGUCUCUUGGGAACUUCAAGCUGGAGGUCAGGCUGGUACAAGGGCCUUAUGCAGAGGCUGUGAGUGAUGUGAGUUUUGAAAAUGCUCUAACACCUUGGUCCCUGAGAAGAGUGCAGCUUUGGAGAGAGACAUUUUUUGGGGGGGGGCUACUUGGUAAAUGGAUAAACGAAAUACAUUUCAGAGAGAAGUUAAUAUAAAGAUAGUUAGCAGUCUGUUACUGAUAGUUCGGAAAAGACUAAUUAGAAGAAGGGAAGUAUGAAGAUUGCAGACAGUCAUGGGAAGAAAGCUCGGGGCCGGGAGCCAAGUAAGCGAUUGCUUUUCCGAGUGCCUGGUAAAGUUGCCAGGAAUGUGUACAUCCUAGUGGUUUGACCCUGAUGCUGAGCCCAUUCCGGUUACUCUGAUGAAACACCAUGAACCAAAGCAGCUCAUAUAAGAAAGAGUUUAUUUGGGUUUACUGCUCUAGACGGUUAAGAGUCCAUCAUGACUGGGAGGCGUGGCAGCAAGCAGUGGGUGGGCGCGAAGAAAAAUCUGAGAGCUCACAUCUUCAAAGGCAAGCAGCAAACGGUGAACUGGAAGGAGGGAGGGCUUUUAAGUCUUGGUGCCCAUGCCCACUGAAAUCCUUCUUCCAGGGAGGCUACACCACCUACACACUUUGUCAAACAGUGCUACCUGCUGGGGACUAAGUUCCUCAUGCCUGACACUGUAGAGGACAUUCCUCAUUCAAACACCUGCCCCCCCCCCCCCCGUCCAUUUCCUUAUCUCCUCUAGGAGUUAAGAGCUGUUGCACAAGGCCCCAAGGCAUUUCACUGGCAAGUCAUAUCCAAUUGUGAGGUGGGGUCCAAGACUUUGUUUUGCUAUUAUUGAGCCUUCUAAGAACAAGCAGAUGUCCAUUAAGCUCCUCCAUAGAGAUAUCGGGUAUAAUGAGCAGCACAGGAAAGCAGCUGAAAGACAUGGGGGAUGUUUGCUAACACUCUUCCUGCAAAGAUGCACUUUGCACCCCCAGACUCUGCUUAUUUCCUCACGCGGGUUCUCAGCUCUGUAUCUUGAGGUUAAUAUAAUGUAGGUGGUAGAAUGGACAGGUGACUGACUGAUUUGUGAGAGGUGAACAGCCGCACAGACAUGACCAUGGGUGAAAUACCGCCACCCUCAUCCCACACUUAGACUGUCAAGCAUCCAGUUGUUUCUGGUUCUUUGGGCUACAAACAGACCUUUUGUCUCUGUCCUUGGAACAUUGUCUGUAUAAUUCAAAAGUCCACAGGUGUAAUCCAUGUUCCCAGGUAUACAGGUUGAGCACAGUGGAAUCUAAACUGGGGGUAUGGGGGCUGGGACUGAAGACUUCAUGGUGUCCAGGAGGCCAUUCUUUAAAUAUUCAUCCCCACCAGGUUCAUUCCAUGAUUCUUGUCCCCACAGAGCUCUUUGGUUUUGUUUUUCUUUUCCGUUCCCUUUCUUCUCUGUUGUGGGCAGAUCACAGUGAUUCACUUUGUAGGCCUAACCAACAGUGGUUCAUCAAAGUGUGUUUGUAAGUGACUGAUGAAAUCCAUCCAGUCUCAAAUGUCAUCUGGCCGCGGAUCCCUGUGACCUAUGCACUACUCAGGGGAAAGAAUUGCUGGCAAUUGACCUGUGGCACAGUGCUUGUUCAUUCCUUGGGACUUUUGCUUGUUUUUCUUAAAUUAGGUAUGCCGGUCUAUGUUGCAAAUAGAGGGUACAGGCACGGUGAAUAGGAUUCUGAAAUGUCCACUUAGAUACUGAGGUCUCAGACACUCUCUCUCUCUCUCUCUCUCUCUCUCUCUCUCUCUCUCUCUCUCUUUCUCAGCUGUUGAUAUGUGUGCUUCCCCACAUACCAUCAUUCUCAGUUUCAGGAUAAGAACUAGCCAUUUAGGGGGCUGGGGAUUUAGCUCAGUGGUAGAGCGCUUACCUAGGAAGCGCAAGGCCCUGGGUUCGGUCCCCAGCUCCGAAAAAAAAAAAAAAAAAAAAAAAGAACUAGCCAUUUAGCAUCUCUAAAAUUAGUCCAAAAACAAAACAAAACAAAAACCCAAUGAGAAGUCUUAAGUGGUGCUCAGUUCCAGGAGGCCUUCUUGGCAAUUAUAUAAAAGAAAGACAGCUUAUCUAUCUAUCUAUCUCUCUAUCUAUCUCUCUAUCUAUCUCUCUAUCUAUCUAUCUAUCUAUCUAUCUAUCUAUAUCUCUCUAUCUAUCUCUAUCUCUCUCUAUCUAUCUAUCUAUCUAUCUAUCUAUCUAUCUAUCUAUCUAUCUAUCUAUCUACCUGGAUUACUAAGAGUGGAAGAACCCAAAGGGAUCGCAAGCAAGCAAGGUAAGAGCUCUGUGGAGUGACAUUGCCAACUUGGGAACUUACUUUUACUCCUGUGUCACAUGAGUUUUUUUCCUUUAUUUCAUUCUACUUUAUUUUGUUUAUGUGUAUAUGCACGUGUCUGUGUGUAUGUGCCAAUAUGAGUGUCUCCAUACUUGUGUGUGCAGACGCCUACAGAAUCCAGGAGAGGGUGUCCGAAGAACCCUCGGAACUGGAGUUACAGGACUUCGUGAGCCACUUGACACAGGUCCUAGGACCUGAGCUCUGGUCCUCACGAUGGACCAGGAAAUGCUCUUGGAUGUGGAGUCAUCUCUCCAGCCCAUCACUUGACUUUUGACUCACUAUUCUCUAUUGUUUAACAACCACAGAGGAGUCCUUCGGCUCUUGGGGUUAAGUGAUACAUCACUGUGGUCUCAUCAUUAGAUGCCCUAUAUGGAUCAUCUCAGAUGCUGGCAACAACCCUGAGAGAUAGGCACCCUUGUUUCUGCAGUUCACAGAGGAGGAAAACAGGAACCUUCAAAGUGAGGUAGAGUCUAGGACACAGUGGUAGGAUUGGUCUGAACUCUGCUUUCUUAUAUCAAUGUGUUUCAACAUGGACAUCGCUAAACACCCUCCCAGGGUGAUUAGCCCUCCUGUGCACAGCUAUAGGUCCUAUUUAUACAGACCUGAACUCAAAGCCUGCCUCUGCUCUCAUUAGCAGUACCAUCCUAGAGAAAUAAUCCUAUUUUUCUAUUUUCCCGGCCACUGUGGUUCCAUUUUACUCAAACACUUCUGGCACAAAAUGUGUGGAGUUCCCACACCAAAAAUCAAUCCUUCAGCUGUCCAGAUACCAACUAGGUAUCUAGUGAUUCAAUUGGAUUCUGACACUAACUGCCUGGAGUUAGUGUCACUGACCAACUGGCUAUAAAUUAGUGGCUCACACAACCGCUUCCCCAGGUUCGAUAAUCUGCUAUGGUAAUGGCUCUGAGACAGGGGAAGACGUUUUCCUUGCAUUUAGUGGCUUACAGCAAAGGAUUCAGGUAACUACCUAUGUGCAGUGGUGCUCAGGCAGUGUCUAGAGUGGUGGUUCUCAACCUUUAAUAAAGUUCCUCAUGCUAUCGUGACCCCCAGCCAUAGAACUAUUAUGUUGCUACUUCAUAACUGCACUUUUCCUACUGUUGUGAAUCAUAAUGCAAAUAUCUCUGUUUCCCAAUGGGCUCCGGUGAGCCCUGUGAAAGGGUCAUUCGAAGCCCAGGGGGGUCACAACCUACAAGUUGAGAACCACUGACUAGAAAUAUCCUUGAAGGAACUUCUGCCCUAGAUUUAGAAAGUGCCACUCUCCUGUCGCCAACCUGUAGUCUUCUCAAGACCCGUAGUUUAGGGUGUCUUAUAGGGGCCUCAUUAAACAGACAUGAUUGAUUAAAUAAUUAUUGGUUAGCCCAUUGACUCAUUCUCAAAGCUGCCUUCCUUCACUGAGGUCGCAGGGUCAAGAUGUAAGUGUCCACCCUGUAAUCACUUGACUGUCAAAUAGUUCCUGUCCAGGAGCCCUCAGAUGGGCCCUCCUGGGUGGAAGUUUGGGUACAGCUGAACUGGCUUGCUAUGAACCCCAGAAUAUGCUCCUCUGUCCCUUAUCACUCAGAAAACCCCAAGGGUUCCUGAAGUCACGUGCCAAGGCCCAGGACAAAGUGAGCUGUAAGUGUGUGGCAGUGCCACUGAGCUCACAGAUGGGCUGUGAGCCUUAGACAAGUAAUCUGCAGGAUGGGCCUAGUACAGUUCCCAAUGUUUAUCCCUCUUCCCCUAGGGUGGCCAUUCGCAGACUAUGUGAUCAAGUAAUAUCUCUGUGUGACUAGACGCCAUGCUAGAUGCAAUUUCCUAGGUAACUGAGGGUUAAUUACAAAUCUCGUCUGUUUCAACCCUUGUUUAAAAAUCCUUAGGAAAUGUCAGAAUUCAUUUUUCUUACACACCGUGAGCAUGAUUUAAUCUUCUGCUUGUUCUGAACACCACGUCUUGCUACCCGGGGCUGCAAGCAGAGCCAGGGAGGCUGCAGAGCAUCGAGGAAGACACGCAAACCCAGUUCAAUAGUUAAUUUGAAAUGCAAAAAAAAUCUGAGUAAUUUACCUUUUUGCUCGGGUUUUCAACAAGUCGCCUGUACGUUUGAAGGUACAAAACUGGAAGCCAGACAGGUAAAGGCAUUCUUUCCUUAUCUACAGUUGUCCCUCCAAUAGCCACUUGAUAAUUUACUUGAAAAACAUUCACUCAAAGCCUGCUAGGUGCCAGGUAAGGACCUGGCAUAGCAUGAUAACCAUGGCUGCCUUCCACAUGAAGCUGCUGUCUAGUGGGGGAAGAAAAGAAUUACCAGGAAUUCUUGGAAUUGUAGGAGCCAUAGCAAAAAUCUAGGCUUGGCCUGCAUCUAAGACUUGGGGCAAUGACACCCAGGUAGGUAAGUCAUUCCGGAAGAAAAUAUACCAUUCACAAAUGCAGGAUAGGUCAGAAUCAGGUAAAGAAGGUUUAUGAAGGGAAGGUUCUGGAUAAGCAUACCUGCUGUUGUGCAAAGUUUUGGGCCUAGAGAGUAGAGGAGGAGGAGGAACAUAGAGAAAGAAGAGAGGGAAGUCAUAGCUCAGGCUGAUUGCCUGGGAGAACUAUAUAACUCCAGUCAUUCACUCUUUCAGUGGACAUUUAUUUGGCACCAGGAAUGCUGGAGGUACCAACUAUUAGGUGCCUCAUAUAUACAAUAAGCAGGUUAUAGCCGUGGACAUUGAGAGCCACACAGCCAGAUGGAGGAGACAACCCUGGGUCUAUAUAGUCAGAUGGAGGAGGCAAUCCUAAAAGGUUAGUCCAAGCAUAGCAAAGGUGAGAGGAAGAGAACACAAAGAGAGAGUCUAUCUUGUUAGGCUGCAUCCUGAAUGUCCAGUCUUCAUGCUCCUGGCAGGAAGCAGAUAGUCAAUGAACAGCAGGUGACUGAUGGCCUGAAUCAAGAGAAUCUGCCUCCUUUUCCCCCACUUGCCAGCUAUUCCUGCCAUUUUCCUUAGUCUGGAUUGUAGAUCUCUUUGAAAACAUCUCUGUCUCAUCACAAAGCAAGUGAAUCUUCUGACAGAGUGUCCUGGAAACUGGUAUGGUGCAGAUGUGAUUUGACCUUGCUGUCACAGAGCUUGCAGCAUAAUGUGGACGACAAGCAUUAAAUAACUAGCCACACAAAUAAUUAUGUGUCAUAAUUUAAAAUGAUGGCAUGUAAAUACAAGAUGUGUGAGGUGAUGUCGGGGGACAUGGAGGGACCCAGGAAGACUCUCUUGGGAAAUUGAUAUUUGAACGAGGAGCAGCACAGAGGGUGGGGCACAUGGCACACCAAGAAGGAUGUCUCGGAUAUUCAGAGAGAAGGUAACUACAUAGGCUACACCGGCUGUGAGAUCGGCAUGGAGUACAAUAUGUUCAAGUAUGACUGGGCCACAGAGAUUAGCUGAGAAGGCUGGAGGGAGUCCAGAAUCCUGAGAGGUGUCUGUCACUUUAGAGAUGUUCAUCUCAUGACAGAAGAGAAAUUGGGAGCCAUCAAAAGGUUUUUAAAUGGAGGAGAAAUGUGAUCAGAUUACACUGGCUUUCUGUGAGGAGAAUUUCCGAUGAGUAGUAGAAAAGCAAGAAGGGACACGGGUACGCAUCCAUGCAUGCAUGCAUACAUACAUACAUACAUACAUGCACACAUGUACAUACACAUAUAUCCAUGUAUACAUCCAUGUACACACAUAAAUGCACAUAUACAUAUAUUAAUAUACAUAUAUGUGCACAUGCAUGCAUACACAUACAUAUCAUACCCGUGCAUACUUCCAUAUGCAUGUGCAUACAUAUGUACAUGAAUAUACACAUACACACAUACACAUAUACAUAAACACAUGUACGCAUAUAUAUACACAUACAUACAUAAAUACACACACACGUGCACACUCGUGCACACAUGUCCUCCAAUGGCUAUCAAAACCCUGUGCAUAAGCAGCUUCAUCAGCAGGAAGCAGAUACAAUUAUAAAGUGACAGAUGACUACCACAUUAUUUCUUCCAAUCUUUCUGAAAUGACCCCUCCUCCAUUAAGAUGGGACCUAGAAAUGUACGUUGUUUACCAUAUUCUGUGAAAUGACAGGCACAGUACUUCUCUUGAGACUAGUAUUCUCUAGACAGGAUGAGUGUCAGCAAAUAAUUUACUAGAUUCUAUUCUUUAAGAGGACUUGGGGGCACACAGUGGGGCAAGAAUGGAAUCCACCCUCUGUCAGCCUUUGGCUUGACAGCCAACAUUACCACAUACUCAGUCCGGCCUGGGAGCUCUCCUUUGGACAGUGAAGUUAGUUCUUAUCUCAAAUCCCCCAUUAAUGAUGAGCUGUUAAAUUACAUUGUUCAUGCUAUCCGCAGAGAGAGUGACGUGCUGGCCUGAGGCCUCAUUGUGGAUUCCCUGACGCCCGUCAACCCACUCUGUCCUAAUGGCUUAGAGAGGAAACAUUGCCACUUGGGAAAAUACCCACGAGGCUGUCACUUCCUCUUCUCAGGGGGUCUCCAGUUUCAGAAACAGAACUGUUUUGGCCUCAACAGUGGUCUUGGAGGGUAAGAGCAUACCUAGGGGGAGCUACCUCCACGGUAUCUGUGCUUUCCCCCUCCUCAUCUCCCAAGGAGCCCCUCAGGAAUGCUAAUGAGUUGAGGAAAGGCUGGCUGGUGGCGGGGCUGGGCUCCGUUCCUUUUGCCCCUGUUCAUUGUCUGAACUUUCCAAGGCUCUGAUCUGGUUUCUGUGGGAAGUCUGGACAAGCUGGUGCCUUCUGGGGAUUAGACCCACUGAUAACAAGGGUAAUUAUAUCUGUGGGUUUCGAGUCGCUCAGAACCGAAGGUAAACCAGCGUACAACAGAGAGGCUCUCCUCCCCCAAGUGGGCAGGAAUGGCUGGAAAAGGUGUGUGAGGCUCGAGGUCAUUUGGAUCUGCUGCUGCCCAGCAAACAUAAGUGUUGGCACUAGAAUGAAGGGUCGAGGAAGGGAUCCUCUGCAGAAACCUGAAGGGACAGACAUGACCUCAUAGAAAGGGCCAAGAACUCUUAGGUCCAACUGGGUAUAGGGUCCUAGAUCAGUCUCCCUUUCAUUGUUAGGCAUGAGAGCCAUCCCUUUCCAAUGGCACAACAAUGAACUGUAUGAAACAUGUCGCCUCUCUUCUUGGCCACCAGCUCCAAUUAUGUGUCACAGUCCCCUUGGUUAAGUGAACAGCAGAAAUGAAGUGUUUUGAGAGUGAGGCAUGAGUCGUAGGCAUCAUAUUACACAUGCCGUCUUCUACCUGCUGAAGACACCAUGGUCUGUGUCCCACUGCCCUCGCUACAUGUCCCAAGUUGAAGCACCAGACCAGGUUGGCCUUCCUGUCCUGGAAGCUGGACCUUUCUCUUGUUGACUUGCCCUCUCCUGUAAAACAUGCCAAGAAACCACCUUGAGAUGAGGGUUCCAGCCUACUCAGGUAGGUGGAGGGGUGGCACUCACUUACGUAAUUCUAGAAGUAUAGUUUGACCAGUGGGGGAAAGAGACAGGCUAGUCCACCCUCAGUCCUCCUACAGCUCUGAGACGCAAGUUGACUUUGCAAGUGUCUCUUGAAGAUCCUUACAUGGUGAGCAAACACAUCUGCUAAAGGGCCAACUGCAGAUCCCCCAGCAUGUGCUCGACAGUGGCCACUAUAGCCAGGCAUCCCGGGUAAGCCUUUGCCUUCCCUCGCCUCAGUGCCUUCUUCCUAUGUGCAGUUCCCACAGCCGUCUGGCUUUAAUCCCUCUCAGGCUCUGUUUUCUGAUUGGUUCUGGUUAAGACUUCUAACUUUAAAUCUGGACCUGCUAUUUGCUAGCUGAAUGAGAUUGUGCAAAUUCCACUCAUCCCCCCUAAGAAAUCAGUUUUCUUCUCUGUAAUGUAGGCAUCAUGCUCUCUUUAAGAUGUGAAAAAAUGAGAAAUUAAUUCGUCUCCUAGGCUUCUUCACUGCGGCCCUCAUAGUUGCUGCUUGUAUCCAUUAGUACUCCUUUCGCCACAGGGUCCUUUGCUCUGUCAUCUGGGUCAUUCGCCAGGGCCCAGUCAGCCCAGAAAGCAGGGUCAGAGGUUGCUUGGUUUAAAUGAAAGUUGAGGAAAGUUUGGGUGUGUCUGCUCCCGGUGGGCAGCUCUCCAGGGCAGAGUUCGGGACAUUCAGGGGUGUUUUAUGCCUCUUAAUGAAGUUUCCAGCCUGCCAGGGGAUAGCACUGGGCUGUCGAGUGCUUAGGGUUUUGACGACAGAACAUACACUGCAUCUCAGACACUGCCCGCCUGCCCACCAGAGUUGUCAUCACUACAGAAAGUUGAGCUAUUGUUGGCUCAGGGCUCUAGGAGUCGGAGUCAGGAGGGAGAAAGAACGAGGUUGCCUUAAGGCCAGUGCCCUUCUGUCUGUCCAUAGUGUUUCCUGACAUGAUCUCUAUCGAGACCUGACUGAAGAGAUGUCCCUACAGCAUGAGCCUGAUAAAGGUAAAGCCUUCAUCAUCCUAGCCUCCUGAGAACUAGGAGUGGCCUCCAAAGACCUGUGAGCCAACUCCUUUCCAAGGUUAGGCAUGAAGACAGAGCAGAGAACCCAGCACCAGUGAGGCAGGCAGUCGGACUGCUGCAGACUGGCCUGAUGGAGUCCUGGGUUUCUUCUCCCUGAAUCCAAAAAACCUGGGUUCCUCUCACUGUGCUAUUUAGGAUAUCAAACCACACCCCCACUGAGAAGACCUACCCAAGAAGGACGUGUGCCUUCCGUCCUAAUCUGCUUCACCUCUUUCAUUCCUCUCUCAUGGCCGUGAACGGAUGUGUGAGAUGGGGGUUCCGAGUCUAAGCUAAGUCUAAACUGUGGAGUCUAAUAGAGUGACUUAGAAUGGGCGCUUAUGGGGCUGGGGAUUUAGCUCAGUAGUAGAGCACUUACCUAGGAAGCGCAAGGCCCUGGGUUCGGUCCCCAGCUCCGAAAAAAAGAACCAAAAAAAAAAAAAAGAUGUAGUUGUGCUUAUCUCACGGGCAAGUAUCCAGUCACCUCUUUCCCUUGCUGUAAAAGGAUGAUAGGAAGGGUUCUUUCUGGGCUGACUUGUAAAGCCUCUGAGAAGAGUGUGUCUGUGCCUUCACCGUCCUGGAUGAUCCAGGGACUUCUGUUCCAAGUCCACUCUGUGCAAGGAUGCUGGCACACGGGUCUCCUCGAGGGGGGCACAUUUUUAUUACUUAAUUGGCAUUUCAUUUUCUGGGGUCUGGGCUGUGUAUAUCAGUAUGGGUUCUUGCGGUGAGACAUGAGAGACCAGACACAGGGACCCCCACCUCAACUCAGAUGGGCCAUUCAGAACAGAGCUCUAUACAAACUACCCUGCCUCCUUUCUUCCCUUUAAGCUGGCCAAGCACCCUGACGGCCAGAUUCAGCAGUGGGUGAAUGGUUAAAACCGGUCUCUAUAACCGGGCACGACUCAAGCGUUCCCACUAGGCCUGGUUGUCUCAUUGCAUGCAUCAGGAUGUCUGCAGUAUCCUCAAAGGCGGUGCACAAAGACCAAAGGUUACCACAGCGGUUAUUCUAGUGCCAGGACACGCUGCAGGCUCUGUCUCCCAGCCCAAAUGCACUUUAUGCCAGGAUGCUGGCACGCAGGUCUCCUCAUGGACGGCACUUUUAUGUAAUUGACAUUUGCUUUAUGGAGUCUGGGUUGUGGGUACCAGCUCCAUGACUUAGAUGAUACCCAGGGCCCAGCCGGUCCUGAGGUUCUCCAUCUGUAAAACGGCACAAUGCCCUUUUCUUCACACUGUUAGUGCCGAAUGCAUCACAGAUAUCGAACAUGUUGCCUGUGGCCUGCCAUGUAGCCAGCGCUCAAUAAACGACAUCAUUUUUCCUUUGUUCACAUAAAAAUUAGUUUUUACAAGUAAAGCCUCUUUGGCAGUAAACUCGUGGUCUGCAAAAGCGGGUGAGGGAGGAGCUGGGACUACUCCGGGCUCCAAGAGUGAUCGCUAAGGAAAUAGAGCUGUUUAGAACCCGGCUAUUUAUUUGUGAAAUAAGCCACCCAGGACUGUGCACAGUGUGGGGUAAGUUGGUAAAACUGUGAAAUGCAAUUUGUAUAACAUGAUCUAUGGAUUAUUAAAUUCACUUAGCUCUGAGCAGGCCUGAAAUUGAGCGAUUACUUUGGGUUCUCCUGCCUCUCUCCUCCAGCCACGAACCUAAUAAGUCACUGGAGACUUUGUCCUCAGUUUGGUCCCAGCUGGACUCUGGACUGAGGAAGGGCGUAGAGCCAUGUCGGGGAGUGUAAGUGAAUUGGGAGGCUCUUGAGACGUUUUCUGAGGGAGGCUUCCAGGGUCUAGGGAGGGCUGGUGGGAAAGGCGGGGGUCAGGAGACAUUAGCCAUGCACAGGAUGCUGCUCAGAGAGGGUUGGUGAGUAUCGUCCACUAAAAGUGACUCCGCUCCCUAAGCAGGGAUAACCACUUCCCAGUGCUGACCUAUGGAGAAGGAAGGGGAGAAAGAAGGAGCAUAAGGGAGGGCACACACAGUGGGUGGGUGGGUGCUACUGUCAUUCCACGUCUGCCUGCUGGGAGGCCGUGCGCACGUCUAAGACGAGGAUUGGACGUGUGUCUUCCAUGUCCCCAAUGCCCGGUCCAGAACAAGACCAUGGCUGAGAUAGAAUUCAAGACUGAAAAAGUCCCCUCCUUUCUCCUGGAGACAUCUGCCCUGCAUCUUGAGUUGUACUUUGUUCUGUGAACUACCCAGACAGCGUAGCGAAGGGCAUCGGAGAGCCUCUAUCCCCUUCUCCAGAGAAGUGCAUGGAAGGAGAUGUGGCCCUCAAAAUGGCAUCAUUUCCAGCUACCCACUGGAACUUCAUGAAAACAAACAUGGCCGCCAAGAUGCUGGCAGGGAGAAGGGGGGCCAUUCUCAGGGGACGGAACUGGUUGGGACAGGGAGCUGAGAAGACAGCAGCUUGUUGGAGCUGUAGGUCCGGCAGGAACAGGGCAGAGAGGUUUUGCAGAGUCUCUUCUGAAUUCUCACAGCAUCAUCCAGCACCUGAUUUCCCAUGCAGAAGGGCAGCUGGAGUCCCCAUCAGCAUCCUACAGAGCUGGCACCUAUCCCCUUCCCCUGUCGCUCAGCAUCUAAGACCAAAGUCAUGGCCUAAAGGAAACCAUUCUAUAGCGGGAAGCUAGCUCAGUCCGUCCUUCUCCAGCCAGAGAGGCUCAGGCAGAUGGAGAGUGUUAAGCCCUGAAGUCAUUUGUUAUGUCCUGUAGCAUAAAUGGCAAAAGAAAAAAAAAAGAAAAAAGAAAGAAAAAAACCUCUCCUAAUCCACUAAUGGCUUCCUCAAACAGUGCAUAAUUCAGAACCUUUGCUAUUUCCCAGCUGACAAAACGCUCUGUUAAUAAAAACAUCUGAAACCAGCCCAUUCCCGCUUUUGUUUUGACUUAGGAAUUAACGUCUGGUCUCCCGAGUUUCGAGUUAACGAGAUUUCCCUGCAUAUGAUAUGCAGCUCCAUUCCUCACAACUAAAUCAAGCAUUGGCUCCGCUUCGGCAGUGUGGAUGCAGGCAGGGGUGUGGCCACGGGACAGACGUCCUCAAGAGACACGGAUUCUCCCUUCUCGGGUCCCUGUGGGACGACCAUGCGGGCAACCACACCUCAUGCAGGUGAUGGUGGCUGUAAUAGGCUCAGCGGGGUGGAGGUUUGGAGUCUAGUUCAAACAGGUCGAAGGUCUGUGACAGGAGCAGUUGUUGUCACUGAGUAAGGUCUUCUUAGUCUCCAUUGUGUGAACAGACGUCACAGUUUCACAUCUCCCUUGGUUAACUCAGCCCUGGUGUGCAGAGCACACUGGAGCUAACAGGACAAAGAGACGCUGCUCUAGCUGCCUCUUAUUCCGGACUGAUCCCUCUGUCUCUCUCUGCUCCAGAAGGACCAAGUAACAAGGGCUUACUCUGUAGCCUAGGCUGAUCUCCAUCUCCACAUCCUCCUGCCUCAACCUGCCAGGUACUGGGAUUAUUGGGAGGGGGUGACCAGCAAGCCCUAUUCCUAAUCAGAGUGUGAACUGCGUCCAGAGAUGGGUUUGUAACUUCUGGUUCACACUAUUGGAGCUCAGCUGCUUACUGCAUUAACGCCAGUCCAAAUUUGGAGAGCAUCCACCGGGUGUGUUCCCCAGCCGUCAGGGUUCCCUCUUAUUCAUGUGAGUGGCAUUCACAGGUCUUCAGAAUAAAAGCAAGUGACAAAGAGAGGCAAAGUAAGAUGUCGGGCAACCAGCAUGGGGCUGAGGUACAAGGAAACCUCUGGGAGUGGAGGCGUGCGUAAAAAACCUCAAAGAGGGCUAUGGGUAGGUCUCUAGCAGCAUUGUGGUGUGCCCUGAAAUUUUAGGUUAACUCAGGGAAACUGAUAUUCCAGUGGUGUGCUGUACAAAUAUUGUCAGGACCCCCUCCAUGCUAAUGCCCUCCAGAAUGUGGAUGUCAAACCUGACAUCUCUGGGCAUCCCCAGGAACAGCCUGUAUCACCCUGACCUGAAAUGUGUGUUAUCUAUGAGAAACCUUAGGCCUUGUCUGAACUGAGAGUCAGCCAUGCAGAUCCCACCAAAGCUUGCUGGGAGUUGUCACUCAGUCCAGAAAGCCCUGAACUUGAGCAGAGCCCAGAUAGGAGCCCUGCCUUCCCCACCUCCGGCCCCUCGGGCUCUUAGAGAGGCCUCUUCCCAGACCUACCAGGGGGACCUAGCUGAAUACCUGCCUGUCAUUCCCUGAUUGUCAUGGUCACAUUACUCCCUCAUAUUGGCGUGACAUACUCCCAAAGUGGCAUGAAACCUCACCAGGUGUCUCUUGAGCCACCAGGGACUCAUAAAGCCAUCUGACCAGCCUGGAAACAGAGACUGGAGCUUCGUGCAACCUCAGAUCCCUGCAGAGUUCUCUUCUUCUCUCUUCUCUUUUCAGCCUCCCAUCUAAAUCCUUUACUAAGAAACUCUUUACCCUUUUAAGAACCUGGCAUACAUUGUAUCCCCUGCUCAAGGCCUGAGCCAGUCUUUCAGAAAAGGCAAGCAAGAGUCCAUAGACAGCCAUCAGUUGACUUCCCAUCACCAUUGUGCCUUAAUUGAACUUAUUUAUGUGGGGCAAGACCACUGCCAUCAGUUUUCGUUAUUAACUGCUCAUCCACUUAGGCCUGUGAAUGGCCUUCUUGGGCAGUUUUGGAUGUGAUUAUCUGCUACUGCCCGGGACACCAAUUCUUUUCAUGGAAUAUGAGGAAUAGAAGAAAAUAGGAGUGUUGGACUCUGGUUGAGCAUCUAGAAAUGAAUCUCGCUUGCUCCCUAAGCAUUGCCAUUCCGAAUGCCAAGAGCUAAGAGCUGGAUCCCACUGUUGCAGAAUCCAAAACAAAGCCGGAAGGAGGGGUUGCCUUUCCAGCCGUGCUUGAACAGCUUGGGGGAUGAUGCAGUAGCCCGGAGCAGUGGCUAUCUGCAGAAGAAAAGCAAUCUGUCUGGACCCUAAGGAUAACAGGCAAAGCCAGCUGCAAACAUCUGCCAGCAUGCUGGCUGAGGAAGCAGAACUCAGGUGAGCUCUGAGCCCAUAAGCUGUUCAGCUGCUAUCAAAGGAGGCUGGCUGCGGGUGCAGGCGUCCACCUGAGGAGUGGAUGUUAACAGUAGCUGUCCUGUUCUGGGCCCUGGCCUUGGCAUCCUAGACUGGGGGGGCCCUUAACGUCAGCUUCCUUGUUCCCAACAGCUAUCCCCACUCUAAACUUUGCUCACCGAGUGUCCGCAUGCAUGUGGAGUUGGCAUUAAAAAUAGACUUCUACAUUUGAUCACAAGCCAGGUCGGUGACAGACACAGACCAUGGACAAUGAUCCGGAAUUGAUGGUGCACAUAACCAACAGAAAAAGAGGCAGGUGGCAGAGAGUGACAUUUUUAAUGAAAGAUAAAUUAAUUUGAAGAGAAGCCAGACAGAGGGGAGAUAGGAGAGGGGCUGAUAUCCUAACAGAGAGUAGCCUGUACACCGGUCCUGACAUAGGGCAAACCUUAGUACCUUCAAAGAACAAAUGAAAGACCUGUGGAUCCAAAGUGGGUUUCUAGGCUGGCAGCACUAUUAGAACACAAGAACAGCCUAGAAGUGGGCAUGGUUAGGUCUACCCUUUGCUUACUGAGUCAGACUCUUCGUGUGGGAUCAGGCUUUGAAGACCACUGCACUUUCUCUAAUUUGCCUGAGGAGAGUUAGAGAGAGCCAAGGGAAGCCAGCAGAGCAGCAAUAACAAGUUUGAAUUGAAUUGAUUGGUGUGUGUGUGUGUGUGUGUGUGUGUGUGUGUGUGUGUGUGUAUGUAUGGGUGGGGGCAUGUAUGUGCACAUGUAUGUGUGUUUGUGUGUGUAUGUGCACAUGUGGGGGACAUGUGUGUGUAUGUGCACAUGUGAGGGACAUGCGUGUGCUUAUGUGUGUGUAUGUGUGUGCUUGUGUGUGUAUGUGUGUGUGCAUGUAUGUUUAUGUGUGUGUAUGUUUGUGUACAUGUGGGGAGUGUGUGUUUGUGUGUGUGUGUGUGUAUGUGUGUGUGUGUGUGUGUGUGUGUGUGUGUGUGUGUGUGUGAAAGUCCCAGGGAUCCUCCUGUCUCUGCUUUCCUAGUGUUGAGAUUACAGGCAUGUGUCAUCAUGUCAAGCUUUAUAUAUGCACUGGGACCCAAGAUCAGGUAUUCAUGCUUAUUUGUAUGCCAGCUACUCUACUGGCUAAGCCACCUCCUCAGCACAGUUAGCACUGUGGUGCAAUUGGAAAGCCCUUACACACCGUGAUACAGUUUUUACUUUAAAAAUAUUUAUAGCUACUACUUGGAGUGAAGAUAGCAUGUGCCACGGAAGGGAAAAGGCCAGCUGGGGCUCAGUCACCUCCCUAGCCCUCUUGACCCUCCGUAGGUGUGCAGUAAACUUGAAAUCUUUUGAGCAUGUGUCUCUUACACUAUGAGCAUAUCCCACCCCCUGCAUCUCUUCUGUUCAUCUCAAUCGUUCCCCCAGACAUUUUCAUUUUUAUAUACCACACAUGACUUCUUAUAUUAUAAAAUUAUAAUUAUAAAAUAUUAUAAAAGUACAAAAUAUUAGAAGCACGAACAAGAGAAAACAUGGCACCUGUCCUCCCAAGACUGGCUUAAUUUGCUUAAUAAGAUUCUCUUCAGUUGCUUCUCUGUUCCUAUAAACAGGAUAACUUCAUUCUUCUUCAGGGAUGAAAAUACUUGCUGUAUGUAUGCACCACAUUCUAUACAUAUGUACCCCACUCUCCUUAUCCAGUGCCCUGCUAAUGGACAGUAGCUUGACUCCGUAAUGUGAGUGUCCUGCAUUAUAUGCAGGAAAUGUCGAUGUGCAAGUAUUUGUGUGGCCUGUUGAUCUGGAUCUCAGGAGCGCUAUAGCGGGGUCAUUGGACAGAUCUAUGUGGGUUGUUUGUUUGUUCCACAGUGGCUGGAGUUGUUCACAUUCCUGCCAACAGUGUACAGUGGCUCCUUUUUGCCCUCAUCACUGACAGUAUUUGUGGCUACCAUUUCGAUGACUGCCACUCUGACUGAGGCGAGGCGGGAUCUCAGUGUGUUUUGGUCUGGAUUUAUCUGACAGCAAGGGAGGUAGGACAUCUUCUCACGUGUUUGUUUGUUAUGGUUUGUAUUUUGUCUUUGCACCCAUUUGUUUUCUUUUAAUUUUUAACUUUUUCUGGUAAUCCUGGGGAUCUAACUCAGACUCUCGCACAUGUGAGACCAAGCACGUUGCCACUCAACUGCACAUCUGGCCUAGGUCAAUAUGGCUUGGUAGAAGAACCACAGUUCAGAGCAUUUGGGGAUGCCCCAGCACUCUGUGAAUUUCAUUCAUGGUGACUGUCAGCAUUCUGUACAGUCCCGAGAAUGAUCCGUGCUCCCCAGGCUCUCUUUGGGAGUGAUUAUGAAGUCACACAGGUAAAACAAGUAAUGGUGAGUAGCCAAUAGAGAGAGGUGGCAGGUGGACAUGGUGAUGGCUAACCAUGGGUGUCAGCUUUGACACCUGGGAGGAGGGGACCUUAACUGAUAAAUUGUCUUUAUCGUAUUGACCUGUGGGCGUGCGUAUGGGGUAUUUUCUUGAUUGUCAGUUGAGUAAGAAAGACUGCAGAAGGUGCCAUCCCAAGGCAGGAAGCCUAGGCUAUAAAAGAGAGGAGGAGGCAGCAAGCAGUAUUAUUAAGAAGUGGCUUCUGCCCUAAGUUUUCUCCUUGAGUUCCUGUUUAACCAUCCCUUCAUGGUGGACCAUAACUUUUUACAUAAAGCAAAUAUUUUCUUCCCCAAUAAGCUUUUGGUCUUGAUGUUACCCUAGCCACAGAAAGCAAACUAGAACAGAUAUCAAAACAUCAUCAAAGCAGGGGUCCAGAGCAUCCAGAAGAGAGGAUUGGAUUAGCCCAGUUGUGAAAGCAAACCAAAGGCAAAGGUUGACUGUGGAAGCCUGUCUGAGGCAGCCAGCUGGAGUUCUCGCUCAAGAGUCCUGGGCAGAGCAGGGCUGAGUGUUUCCUUAGGUAAAAGCUGCCAAGUAUAAGAUCAGUAACAGCAACGAGAGGUAUCAGUUAUCAUCAAACUGGUGCUCACAACCAGCAGAAAGCCAGUUAGGGAGGCUGAGUCAUUGACGGAGUUCCUGAGAACUCCCCAUUGAUGAGCUUCUGGCUUGCUGUUCCCACUAGAGGUAUUUCUGUACUUUGGAAUAAACAAUAACUUCAGUUAGAAACCAUUCACCUUCUCGCUGUUCUGGAGGAGGCACCAUGGUGUUUUUUAAUACUAUCAGCGUGAGGCUGUUCGGUUUUCUUUUCUUUUCUUUUCCUUUUUUAGUAAGGGCGAUAGCUUGUCCUAGGACAGUGAGUGUUGGAGGCAAGACAAGCCUUCCUCUCUCCCAGAGUCUACUUCAUCAAGCACAAAUAGCACCUGAUAAUUUAGUAAUAUGACAUACACCACACUUAAAUAUUAAAUGAACUGGGCAUAAUGAUUGAUGUCUCUCAUGCUCUUCUCUAACUUCUCCGAGGCACCAAGUGCAACGCCCAGCCUCACAUGGCCUCAGGGAAUAUACUCAGUUAAGUGGACAGUGGAGUUCAACCCUAGCAUCAGAGUGAGUGGGCUCUGUUGCCACUGUAGCUUACAGAAGAUGAACCAGGACAAGAGUAAGAAAGCUGUCUUGGCACCUCGAGUCUGGAAUCCCAUCCUACUCUCUCCAGGACUCACGUUGCCCUUCUUCUUGCGUCUUGUUACCUUUGUGCUAUUUAAGAAGACCUGUCAGUGGGACUCCAGGGUAAUGUCUGCAUCAGGAGACGGUCCCUUUGUGUAUUUCACUGGAGCCCAUUAUAUCAGAAGGCCAGUAGAGUUUGGCCAGCUCAGUUGCCAUGGUAUUUGACCUGUAGAAGGCAGAGCGUCCUUCCAGGCUGACUGAAGCCUGAGUGUGCAUAUUCAUUGCGGGGCUGGCCCUGGAAAGGGGGAGGGAAGGAAGCCAAGUCAGGUAGCCGUGGCUGUUGGCUGUGUCUGCACCUCAGAGUCUAUGACCCUGAGCAUGGGGUCCUGUGUGCAGGACACAUUCCUUUCCUCUCUUCCUCCCAAUCAGGUGAGAAUUCAGCUCUGAGGAAAAAAAAUCAAAGGGCUUGGGUUUUGCAGCUGGCAAGAGAUGAGUUAAAGGGCGUCCACUAAAGGGCACUGGGGCUGUCCUGGUUAUGCCUGGGGUGCUCCCUCACACCAUCUUCAGGUGUAGCAGGCAUCUGAGGAGCACUACUGUGAGCCAGGCCACAUGCUAGGUCUACACACCGUUUCCUUACUCCCUGAGCAGUCUCUGAAACUGGGAUAAUGACUGAUCACCCUGGAAAGCCUUUGUGUGGAAGAGCAGAAAAGCAGCCCUGAUGGACAGAAUCACCAAAGCUUGGGAGCAAACAGACGCCACGUCCAACUUCCCAGGUGGCAGGGUCUCAGAUGGGACUGGAGCCUGGGUCUCUGUCUCCACAGAUCACCGCCUCUGCCCCACUCCAUGUUCUUCCCUAGGCUUCGUCUCCUAGGCUGGCUUAGCUGCCCCUUCCCACGGUGCAUUCUACUUUAUAUUAAACAGGAGGGGGAGAAGUUCCAAAGCCAAGCCAUCCCUUUGACCCACCAUCCUCCCCCAUCUCCCCUCCCUUAAAGGACUCAGUUCUGAACAUUUCUUUAGGUGCUUCUCAGCUGUUCGAUAUUCCUCAGUUGAGAAUUCUUUGUUAGCUCUGUAGCUGAUCUUGAUAUAGCUGUCUCCUGAGAGGCUCUGCCAGAGCAUGACAAAUACAGGGGCAGAUGCUUGCAGCCAACCAUUGAACUGAGAACGGGGUCCCCAAUGGAGGAGUUAGGGGAAGGACUGGAGGAGCUCAAGGGGUUUGCAACGCCAUAAGAACAACAAUAUCAACAAACCAGAGCUCCCAGAACUUCCAGGGACUAAACCACCAUCCCACAAAAACACAGGGAUGGACCUUUGGCUCCAUCCACAUAUGUAGCAAAGGAUGGCCUUGUUGGGCAUCAGUGGGAGGAGAGGCCCUUGGUCCUGUCAAGGCUCAAUGCCCCAGUGUAGGGGAAUGUCAGGGUGUGGAGGGGGGAGGGAAUGGGGGGUGGGUGAGGAAGCAGCACCUUCAUAGAAGCAGGAGGAAGAAGGAUGGGAUAGCAGGUUUCUGGAGGAGAAACUGGGAAAGGGGAUAACAUUUAAAAUGUAAAUAAAAAUAUCCAAUAAAAGAAAAAAAAGGACUCAAUUCUUCUCCAAUGUGUCUUUAAAGAGGGGAGAGAUCAGCUGACUUCUUAAGACCUUUCAUUUACCUAAAAAUACUCACUGAGUUUUCACUUUGUACCACUCACCGUCUAAGGCUCUGGGAUUAGACAGGAAGUGAGACUUGCUGUUUUCUACUCUAGGCACUGAGGGCUACAAAAUCCAUGAACAAAACUGAGACAAGAAGAGAAGGAAGAGACUUGCAACACUGUGAGGGGGGGCGAUGUUAAACACUGCUGAGAAACCAGAAGACAGAGACAGAAAGUGCCAGUGUGGCAGGCCACUUCCAGCUAGGUGCUCAAGAGACUCACACUUGGAAGGGACUUGGAGGCCAGAGAGAGCCUGCUAUGAAGGCCUGAGACUAGUAUGUAAAUUAGAAGCAAUAGCAAGUACAGUUGCUGGGAAGCAGAAGAAACCAGCCUGCUGAGGGUAAAAGAGGGAAGCCCAGGAUGACUGGGGAAAGUGACCCAGGAGAGGCAAAGCAUAGUCCCAGAGGCCCUGAUUGGCUGUGGUGAGGAGUUCAAGCUUAUGCUAAUUCAGAUACAAAGCCGAAAGACCAGUCAAGCUGGGAACAGCACCUGUGGCCUCCUAUAGUUUAAAGGUGACCUGAAGGGUGAACUCCGGGAGGCAGGGAUAAGGGACACAAAGUCCACCCCUCCACACUCUUGUCCUCCCAGCUCCCACCUGCCAUUGCAGGAGGUGCUGGCCUGGGGUGCAACAGGUCCAUGAAGAGAACCUGUCACCAGUCCUGGGGCAGGACUGUCCUGGAUAGGGAAGGGCAGGCCUGUGUGUGAGAAGGAAUUUCACAGACCAGCUAGGGACUAGUGUUCACCCUUGGAUUAGACAGUUUCAUGAUCUCUGAACAGCUUAAGAGGAAGGAUUUAAUUGGGAGCGUGGUGUCAGAGGUAUCAGUCCAUCCAGGCAGAAGAGUAUGGUGAAACAGAGCACUUCACACCCCAACGGCCACCCCCGACGGCCAGGAAGCAGGGAGAAAGUAACAGGAAUGGGCCAGGGAGAGUAUGUCCCUAAGAACCUCCCUCCGAAGAAGGCCCUUCCUUCCACGAAGUUCCUCCUCCUAAAGUUUUCUAAACUUCUUAAACUGGACCACCUUCUGAGGACCAAACUUUCAAUACACCAGGCUUGGGGGAUGCUUCCUAUCUAAACUUUAACAACCCCAAUUAACAAUCACAAUGGCUUGAAGAGGGUGGGUCUCAGGGCAUGGCCAUGACAUGCUUUGCGGGUGCACUUGUAGUUACAGAAAAUAUAGAAUUCUCCUCUCAUGGCCCUCUUCAUGCUGCCCUUCCCUCCUCUGAUGCCAUACCUCUACCUGGGCCCUCUCCACAUGCUGGUUGUUCUCCCUUCCAGGCCCUCUGGCUGCUGCCUAUCCCUUCUCUGGCCUCUCGGCCCCGUCUCUCUCCCUACGCAGCAGGCUGUUGUGUGCCAGCACCUGUGUGCUAGGCAUUCUCCUCACUUGGGUCCCCAAGCCCAGCCAGAUAAGAGCAUCUGGGAGGCGGCAGCUCCCUUGGCUGCAGGACUUGCAGUGGCCUUUUGGACAGGUGCCCAGAGCUGACAACCAGUGUGGCUCCUGUCCUGUUCUGUCACCACCCAGUGACACAGCACAGGCAGCACAUGGGCUGGGCACCAGCCAGCUGACACUGCCCCCCAGGGACCCAUGCCCCUCAUGUCUGAAAAUGUGAGGUGGGGGUCAUCUGCGGAAGAUUUGGCAGCUUAUUCGGGAACGUGGCAUGGCUCCCUGACUCCCGCCGAUCACAGUCAUAGGAGCAUAAAUUCUGACUGCCCUGACUUCCCGUCUGGAAGAUCCAAGCAUCUUACCUUUAAGUUUCUUAAUAAAGCCUUCAUAGUCUUUACCAUGACCUUCAUUUUAUAGGUCAGGAGGUCAAGGCACUGAGAGGCCACCAUGUCCAGUCCCACUAGCUGUGAAAGGUGGAGUUGGGAUUUGAGCAAAGAGUCCCUGAGCACAGGGCCAAGGCAGCAAUCUGUACCUAAGAACUAGCACGAAGCCCCAACUGCUCUCUGGCCAGAGGUGCCCUGCGAUUUCUAGAAUGCUGCCCCACUUCCUACAAGAGGCUAUUCCGGGCUGGGGGCAGGUGGCUAGAGAGCUCAGCUCUAACCAUGAGAUGGGCACGUGGGUUGGGGAACCACACCUAAUCUACUGACCCCACCCACUACGUGACUGUGUGAGAUGACACAGUAACAGACAGCACGGGGUGGCUAGCGAUGAAAGACAAGGGGGCAAAGAAAGGGGGGUAUUUACUGCUUGGGCCCUCAGGGACCCUCAAGAGACCAAAUUUCAUGUUUAAAGCAGAUAAGAGCUGCCUUGGCUGUAGCUUCCAGUGCAAAGACUUCUCAUUUGCGCCACAGACACCAACCCAAGCUGACGGUGGCAUAAAGUACUGGCUUCUGGCCAGGUUUUGUGCGGUGCUGCGGAAUCAAACGCAGGGUUUUGUGUGUGCUUGGCAAUCACUCCAUUCAGUGAACUCCAACUGCAGACUCAAGCUUCCUUUACCUGAGGGUUGUUUUUUUUAACCUAGAAAACAGGAUAGAAAUCCGAAUCCACACAGGAGCGUGGCUUGGAAGCCCCAUUACAAAACAGCUUGUGAAGCUAAUACUUAAGUGAUACUAGAUUCUUUCCUCUUUCUUCCCCUUUUCCGUAAUCCAGGGGUCAGAUAACAGUGCGAGGCUGUCUGAGAGAGCGCAUGCUGACUUCGCAAGAAUACAGGGUCAAAUACAGAUUUGAGCAUCUCUGUGCCUCGGGGCCAAGCCAGGUACUCUUGGAGCCACUCCUCUCACCUGAAGAACUUCAUUACAAUGCCACUUUACCUGCUCAGCAUGUGGCAUAUAGUGUGCCCUCUCCCCAAAAAAGAGUUACUAGAAAAAUCAUCAUUUAAAAAUGUCGUUGGGGGUCGGCAGGAUGCCUCCUCAGGUUCAGGCACUGCUGCCCAGCCUGAGGACCCAUUUGAGUCCUGGGAGCACAUGGUUUAAUGAGAGAACAAACUCCUGCAAGUUGUCAUUUGUGUUCCAUGUGCACUCUGUAGCACACGCAUAGCCCUCUCACACACAAUAGAAAGGUGAGCUGGGCGUGCUGGCACACGCUUUUAAUCCCAGCACUCAGGAGGCAGAGGCAGGCAGAUCUCUGGGAGUUCAAGGCCACCCUGAUCUACGGAGUGAGUUCCAGGUCAGCUGGGGUGCUUAUACAGAGAAACCCUGUUUCAGAGAAGAAGGAGGAGAAGGAGAAGGAGAAGGAGAAGGAGAAGGAGAAGGAGAAGGAGAAGGAGAAGGAGAAGGAGAAGGAGAAGGAGAAGGAGGAGAGGAGGAGGAAGAGGAGGAAGAGGAACAGGAAAAAAGUGACUAAAAAAAUGUCCUUUGACAUACCAUAUAAUGAAUGCCUUGUUUGGCCCUCAGGGAGGCUCCCCUUAUGUGGCAAGUUAGUUCCUGUCGUCCUCUUUUUUUUUCCCUAAAGGACACAGAGAGUGGAGAAUUAUAGCACACUGAAGACAGGCUUCAGACUUUUGGGCCCUUAGCCUUCAAUGAAAGUCUGACUUCUCAGGGGGCGAUGAUUAGCACAGAAGCGGGAUUACAGGAUUCAGGUACCCUGGCUGCAAUUCUUUACCAGCACCUUCCUGUGGCUGGUCUCCUUAGUGGAAAGCUACCCACUGUCAGCUGCGAUGCUAAGUAAAUCCUGAGAAACCUGAAACCGUGGCAUUUACAUUUACAUCGGAGCUCAGCAUCCCUAGGAGAGACCCUCUUCUGACCCACAAAGGACUCAGCCCUGACUCACUUGCCCUCCCACUGGCCUUGGUUAGCACCCCUCCAGGAGAGCUUUCCAGUGUCCUGGCUGUCAUCACAGCCUCUAGGAAAGAUGAACUGGAGUUAGUGCACCGGCACAUGGCAAAGGGGAGGCCUGAGAAUCACGGUUCACUUAGAAUGACGAGCUUCAACAGCAGUAAUGGUGGCAGCCUUUACGUAAGGGGGAAAAAAAAACAUUUCAGAGGGGCUAACUUUUCCCCAGUCUCUGAGAUUUCAAAUAGUGAGGUUGGAAUGACAAAGUCAAUGGGCUUUCUGAAAUACAUUCGAUAUUUUACAGACACCAUACUGGUCAGCCCAACUCAUUCGGAUUUGUGAGUUUUCACACAGGAGAUGAUGACCCACGAAUGGGUCCUGAAAUCAUUUGGAUGGGUGUGUCCAUUAUUUUCCUGCGGCUGAGAUAAAACACAAUGACCAAGGUAACUCAUAGAGGAAAGUUUGGUUGGACCAGGAGGAAUCCAUGACGUCAUAGUGGAGGUGGCAGAUGGCAGGCAUGUGCCUGGAGCAGCAGGCUGGUGGCUCACCUCUUUAACCACAGCACAAACCGUAGAGAGUGAACUAGAAAUGAUGAGGGUCCUUAAGCUCUCAAAGCCCCCACCUCAUGGGGAUACCUUCUCCAGCAAAGCCACACGUCCUAAACCUGGGGAGCGGGAUGGAAGGGGGCACACUUAACUCAGAUAACCACGGAUGGGCUGAAUCCGACAUCUAAAAAACAUACAGAUCAAAAUGACGGGGAACGUAAUCAGAGAGCAAAUACUACAGAGCAUUCAGAGAGGCAAAGAAAGGCAUGCUACCCAUUCCUAGGACUGAGUCUGAGCGUAGAUGUGAGUACUACUUUGAGGAAAAAAGAAACAAUUUUAAAAACUGUGUGUGGGAGGGGAGUGCAUGUGCGUGACCCCUGUGUAGGUCAGAAGACGGUGUUGGAUCCCCUGGAGCUGAAGAUGGUUAUGAGCCACCUCCUAUGGGUGCUGGAACCCCAAACUGAGUCCUCUGUCAGAGCAGUGAGCUCCAUUAACUGCUGAGCCCUCUCUCCAGCCCCCAGCUUUGAUUUUUUUUUUUUUUUAAGUCUUACACUGGGAAUCAUCAACAAGGUUUGAAAGCCACGGUGAUAAUUCAUGGUUCUCAGAUCCGAGUGUACAGCAGAGAUAUCCACCAAGCCUGUCGGAGCACAGAGGCUGACCAUCCCUGGAGCUCCUGUAGAAUGGUGGUUACUUUCUCAUUGCUGUGGACAGAAACACUUAAGGGAGGAAAAGUUCAGUUUUCCUCAUGACUUCGGAGGUCCAUGCUUCUUCACUCUUACCUGCCUAGGCAGACCAUUGUGCUAUGGGAAAGAGCAAUAAAAAGAAAGUUUCCCUUCUGGCCUAGUGGGGAAGGGGGAGGGAGCGGGGAGGGAGAGGGGGAGAGAGGGAAAAAGAGAGGCACAGAAGCUGAGACAGCUGACACAACCCUCAAAGACAUACCCCCAGGGACCUACUUCUUCAAGCCAAACCCCACCUCCUAAAGUUUGCACAGCCUCCCAACACAGUGCCACCAGCUAGAGACCAAGCACGUCACACACACACACACACACACACACACACACACACACACACACACACACACACGUAAGCCUGUGGCGGACACAUUGUGCUCAAGCUGUAACAGUCAGUCUGCACAGGGCCCACAAGCACUUAGGUGAUCCUAAUGCAACCAGUCCCAGAUCUCAUGGCAAACCGCUGGGCUGGUCCCCCUGCCUCAUCACAGAUGAGGCUGAGAUUCAGAAAGGGAGACGCUCAUCACCCUCCACAGCUGCUACGACUGAGAGCUAGGAGGCAGGCCCAAUCUGUCUGACUCCAAAACUCCAAACCUCGCUGUGCUUUCUUUGGUGUCUGGAAUAAUCUGUCUCUAAUGAGUGCAUCUGGCAACUAUUCCUCACUGUGUAUUUUGUGCAAAAAAAAAAAAAAAAAAAAAACCCAAAAAAACUGCAUUUUGUCUUAAAAUCACAUUCAGACGGAGAUAAGGACAAUUGGUACUUACGAGCCAAAGCCCCUUAUGUUGAUAAUACUCUAGCACUCAGGGUGCUGAGUGGGAUGCGGAUCAGACCACGUCUGAGCUGUGUGGCCUAGAGGCGGGACCAGGCAGAAGACUCCUCCACCCGGAGGUGGCUUCAUUCUCCUCCCUACAGAAGCCUCCAUGCUUGCCUGUCGGCCGGACUCUUGCUGCAUGCGUGACUUGGUGUCGGGAGGACAGUAGGGCCGGGAGAAAGCCCCGGGAUCCGGGCAUGCGUCAGUUCUGUCCCUAGAAGGGUGGCAGUACAGGCUUCCUAAACUGGGACACUGAGGACAGAAGAGCAGUGCUUCAGGACAGACAGACUGGGCACAUCCUAGGUCCAGGUCCACUGUUCUGUAAUCUAAAACUGUAUCCAACUUUCUCAAGUCAUGUAUGUCACCUUUUGGGGUUUUUGUUUGUUUGUUUGUUUGUUUGUUUACAUUUAUUUAUUUGCUUGCUUAUGUGUGCAUGUGCAAAUACGACUUGCAAGAGUUGGUUUUCUCCUUUCACCAUGUGGUUUCCGGGAUUCAGCUCAGGUCUUCAUGCUUGCCAACGAGGGCCUUUAUCCACUGGGCAAUCUCACGGCGGCCCAGAGGUCAUCUUUCAUAGAAGACUCAAAAUACCUCUAAUUUUAGGACUUUUCUGAGUAUUUGGUAAUACGUGCAAACACUGGAGCAUGGUACUUGGUACUCGGUGUCAUAGAAAUUGUACUAUGAUGUAGGGAGCCAUUCUGAGCUAUACAGUCACAAAGGAUAUGGGGAACGGGUGUGGCGGCAGUCCCAAGAUGUCGCCCGGGCGUCUCAUGACUGGCACCUGACUUCCUCACACACCUGAAACUAGCCACAUCCAUUGUGAGAGCUGCGCAGGCGCACCAUGACGCAAGAUCAGGCCAUGUGACAUGGACCUAUGAACUGAGAUUACACAGUCUGGACGGAGGAGGCGGAGUUGAGGGAGGAUAUAAGGGAGUGUGCUUGGGGGCUGGGAGGAUGAAGAAAAAAAGAAAGGAAAGAGAGGAAGGGAAGAAAAGAGAGAUUGUUGCUUGCAUGCAGAAAGAAAGGUUCCUGAAUAAACGGCUUUGAGAAGAACGUCGUGGUGUCGCUCCUUUCUGCGGGACGGAGACGGAGACGACACUGUGAGCCCAUCCACUCAUAGCCUUUACUAAGUACUGUGGUGUUUUGGAUGCCACACUGUGUGCACCAGCUCAUGGCUGACUGCUCCACUGAGACACCUUGUGCGUGCAUAUGGAGGAAGCUAAGCCCAGUUUGCUCCCUCUUGCGUAGAGAGUGGGACCCAGAAAUAGACAAUUUCUUGAGUGUGUGUUCAAUGCCGCAAUGGGGGACAACAGAGGCCCCCUGGGAGCCAGAGGAUGGCCGCCGAAUUCCCUGAAAAGGCACCGAUAAAUAAAGCUUCCAGGAAGAGCUGAACAAACAGCAGGUCACAAGGUUUAAAGGAGGAGUGGAGACUAAGAGAAAGAUAGCCUAGGUUAGGAAGGAGCGCAGAGAUAGAAGAUUCCAGAAGCAAAAGGGGGAAAGAACUUCUGAGGAUUGUUGUAAGGAAGACUAGGGGGAAAGAAACAGCAAGGCUUCAGGAGGAAGGGGAGACAAGUUUGGGAUGUCCUUCCAUGAGUGUGGCCCUGAGAACAGGCAGGGACUGGUCCAGCUUACACAGCACCACAGAAAGCCCAACAGAGGAGAAUUCACCUGGAGAAAAAGGCCAACAGGCAAGCGGUACUCUUCCUCCCUGUGAAGUGUCUGAAUCUGGAGAAAGGUCGGCAGCCUAAGGCAGGCCUUUUGCCUUUUAGCUGUACUGUCCGAGUCCCCAAGGGCCAAGCCCCAAACCUGAUUAACACUGGGCCAAAUUGGCCCAGAGCACCCAUUUCUAUCCUAGGCUGGCUGCAGGCUACAUUCUAAUGGGAUUGUUUGUGGGAGAAAAAUAACGUCCUUUUCUCUGAGCCUGGGCUUCCACGGCUACCACAAGAGGUUGGUGCCCCAGACAACAUUUAAGGCUACACUCUUGGGAGUGAUUGGCUUUGAAUUUCUCUUGUAGAAAAUAAGCUCUAGAGUGAAGGGCAAAUGAGGGAAAUGAAAGUGGAUGAAAGAGUGUGCCUGGGAUGGUACAGAAACUGAACCUUCAGAAUGCUGGCUGUAGUGAGUAGCUGUACACUCUGGGACGUGGGAAAGGCCCUUCCUCUCCCUGGCCCUUGGCUUUCUCGUCUGUGGAGGAGGAGGUGGAAACUCUGUAACAGUCCUUGCUCAGAUUGCCAGUUUGGGACAGUCCUGAUUCACUGAACUGCUCUAGGAGAGUCCUGCUUGCUUCUUUGAAGGUCCAAUUUGCAGUGACCUAAGCUCAGAGAACCAUGUGUGUAUCUUCUCCUCACUGAGUCAACACUGGUGGUAAGGUCAAUGUGCUUCUGAUUGCCCAAAGAUGGGGGAGCCCCCUGAUGGAAGCGAGGUCAGUGCUGCUGUGCCAGCUACGAGUUUAUCACUGCUUCUAUUUCAAGAUGUACUCAAGUCCAUGGAAUCAAAGAGUUUAAGGGUUUUUUAUAGGAGAAUAUCUGUAGGUUAAGUAACCAUUAUCUCCCUACCAGAUUUUAAUCAUUCCAACCAUUAUUAAAUAAAUCUAUUUUUAAUUAAUCAGCUUUUUAAAAACCCCUCUCUGUGCUCUCGGAAUUAUUAGAAAGUCUAAGAGAUGAAAUUGAACUUUUGUGUUCGGGAAAGCUGGAAGGGAUGGUGACUUGAGUGACAGGCAGCAAUUGGGAGAGAAGGUGGUCAAAUCAAACGUCCAGUGGGAGCCCAAGAACGGCUGCUGACAUCACAUAAGGCGUACUCACCAGAGGGGCCGCUUUGGGCCGUUUAAACCUGAUGUCCCCUGUUGUUAAAGACAAUAAUGUAGGUACAUCUCAAUCAUACAGUAAGGGAAGCUGGGCUUAAUUAAUCAGUGGUAGGGCCUAAUCUAAACCCUGUGGCCUGAUUCCUUUAAUUAUCCCGACACCUCCAAAUUAGAAAUUAUCUUAUUUAAUUGGAUGAAUCCAGAAGGGUAAGAGUAGAGAGGAGGCCAAUGGGGAGUGCUGACCUGAGAGGAGUGUCCUGCCUGCCCCUGAAGUGUGUGCCGUUUCCUGAAGAGAAACCCGAAGACACAUGCGGAUGCACUUCAUCACAAUGCAGUCCACGACAGACAAUUAUUUAGCUGAAUUUCUUCUUCUGCAAGAGUGGGGAGAAUGGUGGUGAGGUUGGCGCUGGUCUUAGCUUGCCCAUCUUGCAGCCACACACCAGGUGGCAAGGCAGACAUCACAGGCUGAUGAGCCAACAUGCCAGGUUCAGAUAUAUCAUUUCUCUGUUCUUGUGGGGUUUCCCUCCUGCUACUCCAGUGCAGAAACACCAUGCAUCUGUCCGCAGUCCCCCACUUCUACCAAACUGUAGUUGGGCUCAUCUCUGAGAUGUGGCUGGUGGUGACACACUCAGGAAAGGUCACCUCCUGUGUAGGACCAAUGGCAGACUAGUCUCUCCUUGCUCUUCUUUCUGAAAGGCUGGGAAGGGUUAAGAGGUGAGUAAGUGCGGAAGUAGCUCAGAGCAAGACGGUCCUCUCAUGGAACUCGUCCCAGACUAUGAACUGCUUAUGGAGUACAGAGAUGUUCCAGAAAACCACUCGUUCCCUGACAUCAUGCUUUGGCUUUCUGGAUGCAGCCUACUGAUGCUUGUUUGGUCUAUAGUUACACAGAGCCCUGGAGGGAGCCAAGUAUGAGAUCUCUCAAUGAGCCAGGGGGAAGGACUGGUGGGCUCUGAGGACAGGUGUUGUUGAUAGACACGGGUUGGGAGUGGGUAAGGGGUGUCCAUGGAUGUCUAGCAAGGCAGAGAUUGGCCUUAGCCAUGCUUUCCCCCAACCCCUAAUUAUGAAAGUUACUUUGUAAUUUUAAAGAGAACAGAGAAAAUAGAGACAAUUGCUGUGCCAGCCGUUUGUCUCAUGCCUGUGACAAAAAAUAACUUCAAGAAGGAUGGGCUCAUAUUGACUGGAGGUUUAAGAAGUAACAUAGUCUAUCGGGUGUGGAGGUUGUCAGGGGAAUACAAGAGCAGGAGGCAAAUGGUUGGACUGUAUCAGUCAGGAAGCAGGGAGAUGAAUUCUGGGGUUCAUGCUUUCUCCUUGUUACUCAGUCCAGGACCCCAGCCGCAGCAGGGCACACCCACGCCUAGAGUGAGAAGCCUCCUCAGUUAAGCCUUUUUGGAAACUCUUACAGAUAACUCCCAGAGGUGGGUUUCUACAGAGAUUCUAAUCUAGUCAGAUUGACCAAUCAAUCUUCACAACUCCACCCUUCAUCAACCUGACACCCAAACAUAUCACCUUAAAUCCUGACAUUGCACCUCUGACCUAGAAAGUCUCAUUUUCAUCUCAUAAAGAAAAAUACACUCAGUCCAUUACUGAAAAAUCUCUAAAGCCUUCAGCAGUCUCAGCACUGCCCGAAAGUCCUGGGUCUCUUCUGAGACGCAGGGCCAUCUCCUACCUGCAAGGUCUGGUACAGCAACAGGUAAGCUAUACACUUCCAAUGUGCUAUGGCAUAGACGGGACAACUCUCUUAUUUACAGUUUUUUUUUAAUUCUUCUCUCAUAUAUUACAUCCUGACUGAUGUUAAAGGGAGGGAGACGGAAGGUCUCAAGGAGAGAGGGAAAGAGCGAGACUGAGAUCCCAUGAGCACACCACACACUGAACUUUGGGGGCUCUGUAACACACAGGGCUUGUGCUGAAAUCAUGCGGGCUCCAACAGUCUCGGGAAGCCAGACCCUCCAGCUUGACCACUGCAGCACACUCAGCCUCUCUCUUGAGCCAGGUCUACUCCAUGCCCGUGCUUUUGCUGAUGGAUGUCCCGUCCAUCAUCCCGGCAUCUGUCUUUCCUUUGUCUCCAUCAGGACUUAGGCUUCACCUACACAGCUUCACAUAUCCCCUCACUGCAAUCUCUUUCUUUUUUAUAAUUAUUCAAAUGCUUAUGAAUAAAUAUAUAUUGUUGAUGCAUAUGUAGCAACAAUAAUUUUUAAAAGGAAGCCAUGUAUUUGAGAGGGAGAAGGGGUGGAUGAUGAUACCAAAGUUCUUAGAGAGGAGAGGGGAGGAAUGAGGCAAAUACAGUGCACAUAUAUGAUCUGGAUUUAAAUAAUCAGUUAUUAAAUAACUUGCUAUAUUACUGUGGAGCAUUUUCCUUUGAAUGAACAGCUUUACUAUGCUAAGUAUUACAUUUAAAUCGAUAGAACCAUCAUAUAUCUAUUCAGUAAAGCAUGUUUCCUCUGUGGGAUUACAGUAGCUUAACUGAUAGGCCAAGCUGUUUUCAGUUUUUAUAAUAAUAUUUUAAUGGUUUUAUAUGAACAUCUCAGAAUGUCUGGUCAUUUCCUUAAGGGAGAUUUCUAGAAGUGGGUUAAAAUCCAUGAGCUUAAAAAGAAAAAGCCACUUGAGAUUUUUUUUUUCUUUAAUUGAUUUACAUUCCAAAGGUUGCUCCCCUUUCCCACAUAGCUUUUCAAGUUCAUAGUUCAACCUUUAAGGGUUGAGGAAGAUUAAAUGGAAAGCCUCAUCCAGGGCCACUCUUUCCAAUGCUCCCUCAAGUUUUCAACGCUCCGGCUGGCGGUGCUGUUUGGCCUGGCUUUUGACGACGAUAUUUUAUUUUAGGCAGUGUUUUGUCCACCUCAUUUUAGAUGGGGGAAGUUGCAAUGCAAAUGGGGUACACAGAGGACAGAUCGAACAUGAUGUAAAUGCAGUGAUUUUGGAGACAAACAGCUGAGGUUUGAGUCCCCUGUUAAACAAUGGACCUGUCAAAUAAGAGAGGGGCAGUCUUAACGCACAGAAUUGUCGGAAGUCCUCAUGAGGAUUAGAUAAGUAAGAUUGUGUCACCUCCCUGCCGUAUGACAUGCCAUGUAAACUUGAAGUCAUCUUUUCCCCAAGCGACCAGGAGCAACCUUCAUGUAACUGUGACAUCCAGGUCCUUUCUAGAAAGUCAACCAUCACCUCACAAACUUUUGGCUGCUUCCUCAGCUCCAGUUUUGACCCCAAGGAUGCCCAUAAAGAGAUGUAAGUAAAAACAAAACAAAACAAAACAAAACCAAAAAAACAAACAAACAAAGAAAGAAAAAACCCAGCUGAGACAAGACUCAGGAUGACAGGGAAUGACUCAGGAAUCCUGAGGGUAGGUGGGGUAAGGUGAGGGAUACAGACAGCCUGGGGAAUAGAAGCUCAGCCCAGCUCUGGAAGAGCGUGCUUUCUCUUUUCCUCCCACAGAUUAGAAAAACUCACCAUUCCUAGAGAUAUACACCUCUCCCUGUCUAAUGUUCUCUCCCCAUUUUGUUUUGCACAGCAGUCCACCCCAGUGAGUUGCCCAUAGUAGUCUGUGUCAGAGCAUUGCAAGGAACCCUGUCUAAGAAAGGGAGUCUGUAUGGGAGAGCAGCCGUGGAAGGAUGAGGAUGUGCACAGUCCCAGAUGCUUGCCCACUCCUCAUAUCUGCUCAGAGAAAAGGCUUGCAGAUGUGCCGAGCCAGGCUGGGCUCACAAGGCUGUAAGCUGAAUACCAGCUGAACUAGGACCACAUCAGGCUAGACCCACUAAGUUCUGCGUCCCACCAGACGUCACCCAGUGUAAAAUAAAAAUUGUGACUGCCGUGCACUGUGAUGACCAUUUUACUAAAAACACCAAACUGUGAGUGCCUCUGUGUGUGUGUGUGUGUGUGUGUGUGUGUGUGUGUGUGUGUGUGUGUGUGUGUGUAACCAAUAGGAAACACACAGCUGGUAAAUACUUGGCAAAGUGUUGGAAGCUGGGAUGUGAGCCAGACUGCUUUCCGCCUUCAUUGUGUUGAGUUGUCGAUGUUUGUGGUGUUAGCUAUGAAGCCAGACGUCACUGGGGCCAAGCAAGCAUUCCACCACUGAGCUACAUCCCUAGCCUCUGUUCUGAUGUUUUUAAAAUAAUAUAUUCAUAGAUCAUCUGUACAGUUCAGCUAGAAACCCACUGUCACUCUCGAGGCUAAACAUCAAAGUCAUGUCCUAAGCUUUGAUCUCCAGAAGACAACCCUUGGUGCCAUUUCCAGAGAGCUCCAGGCCUCGGGAAAAUCCUCUGCCUCUCCAAGCCUCAGUUUCUCCAUCAGUGAAAAGAGAUCCAGGUCCCUGUCACGUGUUACAAAGUAGAAAGGAGGUAAACCUGACAACCUUGCUAGCUCAAGGUCACUCGGGAGUUGGGGAAGGAGGUGUCCUAAGUACCCAGCUUCCAGAAGACAACGCCUGGCUAGGCUUCCUGGACACUUGCCAGUCAGAUAAACACCUGCUUCAGCAGGUCAGGCCGGCAGCUCUGUUGACAGCCAUCUGGGUUAGCACAGAGAAGCAAUGUCUGGGUUCCCCUGCUCACACCUGCAUUUCCCAGGAGGAGGGCAGGGGUCUGUCCUGGACCUCUCUGGGUAUUCUGGGAUUUGGCGUGUGCUUCUGGGACACGAGCAGUGAGCCCCUGUAGCUGCUGGAGAGGUUUUGUGACACAUCAAAGGGUCUGGGGUGGUUUUCCCCUCUCCUUUCCUUCCUUAGAGCUGGGAGGACAAUGCUUUCCUUCUCAGUGAAAAGCAGCGGACCAGCAAGGCGGGCAAUCAUGCAAUGCAAAUAAAGGCUGCUUUUGAAGGCGGUGAAGGCGGGCCUGCUGAAUUAAAUUAACAUGGCCCAUAAAUACAGAGGUUAAAAAAAAAGGGAAGCCGAGUGUUCACAGGCUUUUGUCCAGAGCAGAAAUAAUCACAGGACAAUGGUCUAUUUUGUUUGGAUUACAGGCCCAUGAUAUCACAUUAGCCCGAGCCUGGCAAUAUUUAUGUCAAGAACUGCUGUUUGUGAAACCCUGUUGUCCCAAUUUAUCCCUGCAGGGAAUCCCUCAAAGCAAGGCAGGCUGGCCUGGGGAAACCUCUGCCCCCUGCUGACCAGCCAUGGAGAAGAAAGGCCCAGAGGGUUGGAAGGAGGGAAGGUUGUAGUCCAGAGACAAGGGAAGGCACACGCAUAAAAUUCAGCCAUAAAACAGAACAGAUCUUCAAGAGGCAGGCUGUCACAUCUGUCCGGCCUGCUUCUCUUGAGAAAUAAAAAUGCUAGCUGCAUUCAACGAGUGCACAUACAUGGAGUGAGCCAAGAGAAGGUGGCUACCCCUUCCCAACGCAUGCCAGUUAGCCUGGAUCAGGUCUGAGCAGUCCACAUGGCUGCCUGCGGCUGAGUGCCAGUUGCUGCCUCCAUUAAGAGUGUUACACUCUUAUGCUGUAGCUUACCUUAGGGUCAGGAAGUACCAGUGCGCGUGCAUGCAACACACACACACACACACACACACACACACACACACACAGCACUUAUAAUGGAAGCUCAAAGCUGGGGCAUCUAGAGUCCUGCCUUUUCCCCCAGCUUUUCCAUUACACUUGUGUUUCCUUCCCUCUCUAGUCCUCCCCUCCCCUCUCUUCUCCUCUCCUCUCCUCUUCCCGCCCCUCUCUCCUCUAUUCCCCUCUCUCUCUCCUCUCUUCCCCUCUCUCUCUCCUCUAUUCCCCUCUCUCUCUCCUCUAUUCCCCUUUCUUCUCCUUUCUUUUGCUUUUCCCUUUGGCCCUCCCACCACUUCCCGUCUGCCCGCUUUAUUGCUAUAGAUAUCUGUUUCCACUGGACUUCCACUGGCCUGACACAGGUCUCAUUGCCUCGUCAGGUGUUCUUAGUCAACAUCCCUCCUACCUUCCUACUUUGGGUCCCACUACCCAGUAUCCUUAUUUUUAAAAGGGAAAUACAUCAUUUCCCCCCAAGGUACUUCUCAAAUGACAGGAGCUCUACAGGACAUGUUACCUUCAGUGAUCUUGAUAGGAAAGCCUUUUGGUGGGGAUGUGUGGCUUGGAUAUGAGGAGUGUGGGGUCAUACUCAAGUUUCUGUCUAGCAUUGAGCACCAAUGGCCAGGGUUACCAUCCUAGUCCUCAACCCUGAGUCAAGACACCUUGUCAGCCCCAGCAGUGCAAGAGAGUGCUACGCUUCCGUCUCAUUUCUCCCACCCCAUUUGGCUUUACUUCGUCAAGCCCUUCUGUGAUAUCAGGGGUUCUUGAGUGGGAAAGCCAUCCCCUCCCACCAUGUUUUGUUCUUGGCCAUCUUUUGUCUUCGAACCAGGUCAAUCAAGGGAUCAAUGCGGCCAGUCUUGGGUUACAAUGGAACAGUCACCUUGGGGGAAAAAUAUCAAAGGACAUCCUAAGGCAAGCCUGGUGCUCAGAUAGCCGCCAUCCAGACUGGCCAGGGAUUACCAAUGAGGGCUUUCCUAUAAGGUCUGUCAUGUCUGUGAGCCUUUUGUGCCUGUCCUGUUGUUCCCUGUCUCCUGCAUGCACUGCUUGCAUUGCACCAAAGCCUUCUAGAGGGCCCAGGGCUGCAUGCAUUUCCCUUACGUUACUUAUUACAUUCUACACACUCAAAUGGUUGAUCAAGAAGAGUAUGUUGAAUGGAGCAGCAGCCCCUGGGAGAUGGCGGCCACCUUCCAGGCUUAUAAGUAAUAAAAGGCACAUCUCACGGCAGAGCAGAAAGUAGAACUUCACGGUCAGGACAGACGGAGUUUAUGUGCCCACAUGGCCUUGGCCAUGGCAAUUCGCUCCAACUCUGUUUCCUCGUCUGCAACACCAACAGCAUAGUUUGAAAUCUCCUUCCUGGGAAUCCCCAGGAUAGGUUCUGACACCUGACAGCCACCUACAGGAAAUCGUUUUUCUUGUGGCGACUGAAGGUCAGUCUGGGCUUCCUUUGGAGCCCUUUCCCCAGGCAAAGAAAUGUAUGGUCCAAAGCCAGGACGGCACAACUACAUCUUAUGUAUGAGAACCCAGAAACUCAGAGAGGCUAAGGGUCUUUCCUGACAUUUUCUAACUAAGAACCGGGCUUGAGAGUUGAUCCUGGCACCCUGUGCCGUGUACAGCCUUCAGCACAUCGGGGUAUCUCCUGUUCCAGGGUUUUGCCACAUUGCAAUGACCAGUCAGUGCAGAUGUCAGCCAGGAAGUGUCAGGACUAAUUAGGCACUGAUUACUGUAAGCAAGAAGCUAGAAAGGUAUCCUAGAUCACCCCCACCCUUGGAGAACCCCAAAGGGCAAUUUUCUAUGUGCUGUGAAGAAAACGUGGAAACAGGCUGAAGGAUGGCUAGGGUCAAUUAGAGAAGGUGAGGAGGGGGGAAGGGCGGAGGAAACUGAGCAACUAUGCCAAGCAAAGCCAAGGGGAGCCCUGCUACCCAGGGUCAGGGGACAGGCAGACCCAUAGCUAGAAUGGCUGAUGGAUUGUGUGUGUGUGUGUGUGUGUGUGUGUGUGUGUGUGUGUGUGUGUGUGUGUGUGUGUGCGCGCGCACGCGUGCGUGCACGCAUGCGUGCAUGUGCUGUGCAUUAUAGACCAGGCUAGUUAGCCCAUGAACUUCUGGGGAUUCUCGUGUCUCUGCCUUCUGUAGGUACACUGAGAUUGCAGACACAUGCCACCACGGACUGGCAAUGCUAACUCAGUUCUCAUGUGCGCGUUCAGUGAGUACAUCAUCCAUGGAGCUCCCUCCUCAGCCUCGGUGGAGAGGUUUUAAUAUGAAUGACAGUAGGGGGAUGGGCUGCUCAAGGACAAUGUCAAAGCAAUGUGCAGAGCUCGCCAGCCCAGAAUUUGAUCAGGAAAACAGAACAGAGCAAAAGCGGAGAUGAAGGAAAGGUGGCACGUAAUCUCGUCAUCGGUUUAUCAAAUACUCCAUCUGGCUUGUGGACAUUCACUGAGUGACUGUGCCGUGUCAAGCACGGCACGAAGAUCAGCUCGGGGAGGCACUUCCCAGUAUAAACCUUGACCAAGCAAGGCAAAGGGCCUUGACCCUAACUCCUGAGGCUGUGUGUGCACAGGCACGUCUGCACGUACAUGCUUCUCCCAAGCUCUAAUUCCUGCAGCCUCUGUUACCGACUCUGCUACCCCUGAUUCAAGACUAAUCCCCUUUUCUAGUCAGGUCAUAAGUUCGGAGGCAAACACAAUGUCUUCUCCAGAAACAAGGCUUUCCUGUAAUGAGAUAAUUAAACAGGAGGCUUGCCGGGCAUCUCAGAAAUGAUUUCUGCCUCACACAGAGCAGGUGCAUAUUCUCAGCUUCCAAGUUGCCAAGAUCUCGGUGUUGAGCCCUUGGAGCUGGGGUGAAUGCUUACUCCAGGUCAUCUGGGUGGAUGGCUGGGGCUCUGUCUGGAGGGUGACUGAGAGUUGAGCCAUAGUUCAGCUGGUGGCUCGGUCAAUGUGUCAAGCAUCAUUACCCAAACUGAAAGAAAGUUAAAGAAACUCCUCUGGCAGAGAGGUUAGGAGAAUGAACCUUGAUGAAGUUAAUGAUGAGAGUGUAGACACUCGGAUAGAGGCUCUGCCAGGGAGCUCUCCUGUGGUAUCAGUAGCUAGGCCUUCCCACUCUUCAGACUCGAGCAUGGAAGACUUUCCGGAGAUUGCUUCUGCUAAGUGUUUAAGGGAUACACAACUGCUGGGUGAUAACGUUAAUGAGAGCCAGUCUGCUCUGAGUAGGCAUGAGUCGCUGUUGAACACUAUGGGCCAAAAGCUGUGCUACGAGCAUGUGUUCUCCUCAAUAACUCAGGAAAUUGACAGCUAUGUGCUGGGAACUGUGACGCAGCUUGCAGAGUUCACCCAAGGGUUGACUCACUGACUAGCAAGGCUGUUGUUUGGACCUGUUCUUUUUUCCUGCCUGCUCUGCUGAAUAGUCUGUGUGCUUGUCUUCCAUAAACAGGAAAGCUAUAGCCAGAGUGGGUGUAGUCUAGGACAAACACUGGCAAACUAGGGGUAACUCACUAUUCCUUUAAAUAAAACUUUAUUAGAAGGCAGACAAUUUACAUAACUUCUGUGACUACUUUUGUACUGCAACAAUAGAGUAUGCAAAAGACAGCCCACCAAGUCAAAAGUCCUUCCUAUUUGGCCCUAGACAGGACAAGGUACCCUUACCAAUGGGGUGGUAUGUUCCUAUAAUCUCAGCAGUUUGGAGGCUAAGACAGGUGGAUUAAGAGUUUGGGCCCAGCCUGAGCUACAUAGCAAGACUCUGUCUCAAAACAAAAACAAAAACAAAAACAAACAAACAAAAAACAAAAACCAACCAACCAAACAAACAAACAAAAAACAAAACAAAAUAAAAAACAAACAAAAACCCCCCAAAACAGAAACAAAACACAGCAGCAACAAAACCAAGGAAAGAUUGUGGUCUAAAGACAUCCAAGGUUAAACAAACAAGCAGGUUUUAUCCCCGUAUGACCCCUCAGACCCUUUAGGACACCAACAUGAAUUACCAGGAUCUAGAUAAAUGUAUAGCCACCGUCUGACCUACUAAAAAAUGGCUUCCCUUUUUCUUAAGGCAUCUUCAGGACAAGUGGGACAUCACUCAGGAAGGCAAAUUUGUAGAGGGAAGGUAAUGAGUCGAAGGACGUAAAGCUUUGGUGUGGCUGACAAGGACCAGCUAGGAGCCCCGGAGCUUUACAAGGUAGCACCGGGCAGUGUGUCUUUGCUAUCUCCAGCCAGAGUUGCUGGCAGGUGCAUCCUGGGCAGCUCCCACAGCCCGGGGUUUAUUCAGCUGCCUGUUUACAAUGGUGUUCAACAACCCUGUCCUUGUGUGCUGGGUGAUUUUAGUGUCCAGGAAGAGAAGGGGGAAAACAUGACACUAAUAACGAAUGCCAGUCUUCAUCAGCAUCAUCCAACAUUAUGAGAACUGAAUUUCCACCUUUCACCGCAUACAUUAAACCAGGGCUUUAUCUCUUCCCGCAGAAUUGAUUUGCCAUAAUUCCCUCCUUUGGCCCUUGUCAUGUAAAUCUCGGCAUUUCUCCCCUCCUAGCUGUAGGAGCUCAGAUUAGAGGACAGAAUCCAGCAGCCCAGACCUGCAGCUGCUCUGGGCUUUGUCUGUCUGUCUUUCCCUCUCUGGAUCUUCUCCUCGGGCUGCUCACUGCUCGAUUGUGCCUUCUGCAGGUGGAUUAGGGAUGAGAGGGGGCAGAGCAGAUGGCUUUCAUGGGACUCAGCCAUGGGACCUGCAGCAGCUGCAGCCGGGACAGAUAACUAUUGACAAGCUUGUAGGGGAUAGAUCUCAGUGCUAGUUUCGAUUGGUGGCUCAGUGGCCAAUCAGAUCACUACCACCCUAGUACUCCCCACCGUGCCCUGGGGAAUUUCUAGCUUCCGGCAUCUGUUCUAGAUGAACAGGAAUCGUUUGUUGUCCAUUGGCUUCUAGAAGAAACAAGGACCAGAGGACCCCCGGUCUGGUAGAGCAGGGGGCUUCUAAAGUGUGGGUUGAAAACCAGCCCAAAGGCCCCACAGAGAGGGACACAUUCUUAGAGGGACAUACCUGACACUCGACUGUCACUCAGUGAGAACAGGUCUGGCCAUGAUAUCACUGUUCUGUAAAAGCCCUCAAAUGAUAUAGUCACCAUGGAACUGCCUCCUACAGAAUAUGUGAGCAGGGCUAAGGCAUUCUGGGAACAGAAUAACAGGACCCAGUCGUAAAUGUAAGUGGGUAGAUUUUUUUUUAAUCUGGCAGAAACUCUCCAUUCCCAACAAUAAAUAGAUGGGGUUACAGCCGUGUGCCAGAGGUUAGCAUGAGGACUGGAUGUAGUAAUAAUCUAGGUGAUGUCUCCAGAGCAGACUCAGAGCAUGGCAAAUGGUCAACUACAUUUGGCUUUCAUCCAUCACCCUUAGCAUGGCCUUUUGUGAUACUAUCACAAAGAUCUGGAAAAUUCAUCAGAGGUCUAUCCUGAGAAGGAAAUCUUUGAUGGGUUUCCAUAGGACAGGAUACUGACUACGUACGCUCGUGAUUUUAAAUGUAUUGUCCAUGUAUAGAAAGACUGUUCUGUAUAAGCACUAUGGCCAGAAUGAUACAUUUACUGUAAUCAAAUUACAUUUUUCCAAUACUCUGGAAAGACAAGCUUCACUGCUCCUCCCAUUUCACAGAAAGAACAAUGAAGUCCAGCUCCACAGGGCUUCGGAAGCACAGAUCUCAACUUCAGGGUCAAUUCCAAGAUCAAAAUCCCCCUGGGCCCUCUGUCUCCUUCCCCACUCCAUGUUCCUCUUCCAAAUCCUGUUCUAAACUGAGAACUCCUGCUGAGUCAUUCCCCAGUAGUGAGCCCUCCCCAGAAAACUAAGCUGCCCUGGACCUCAGUGAGCAUCUUUGCAAUGUCAGAUUAUUGAUUCCCAUCAUUUGGAAAGGUACAGUUUUCCUGAAAAAGAGCCAGAGACAAAACAAUAGCUGGGAACACACAGAAGUGGAGGCAGUCAGUUGACGGUGAGGGAUGAAAAGGCUUAGUCUCUGGGGCUAAGUUAGAACAGGCCAUGCUGUACACACAGCCUCGCUCUCCCCCGAGGUCAUCACAAUAGGGACUUGUGAAUGGGCGUUGCAAAGUCUCCAGAGGCCAGGAGGUCAGUCUGAUCUGGCAGUGUGUGGUGAUGGGGAGGCAAAUCCACGUGAGGCCCACCAGAACAGUGCUGGCACACCUUGGUACUGUCGGCGGUGGGAGCAGGCACUCCCCCUUUAAGGCAGAUGAGGUGUUGGAGCAGAACCGUCACCCCACCCAUCACGAUACACUGCAGAUAUCAAGGACUUGGCAUGUGAGUGUGUAUGUGCAUGGGAAUGCAUGUAGGGCCAUUGUGGAGGGAGGCCGGGGAAGCUAGCGUCUCUCUGCCCACUGCAUGGCCUCUCACUCCGUCCCUAAAUCAAGUAUCAACUGUUAUUUUUGUACCAAGCUUGCCAGACAAUAUGGAAAGUGCAGGAGCCAGCCCUUGAUUACUGCAAGGCCGCAGGGGAAAGGGUGCCAAGAGGGAGCUAGGUUCUCAGAAGAGAAGGUAAAGCUCAUGAAGGUGCUGUCCAGUCUGAGUACUAGCCAAGGCCUCUCAACCCCAAAACCUCCGUUUACAUUCAGUAAGCCUGUCCGAGUCAACCCCUCUGGAGUGCCACAGGCCUCUGAGGGCUGAGUUUCACACCCCCUGCUGAAGUGCAACCUUCUCUCCUUCUCGAGUCUUUUCUCUGAAGGUCUCUGUGAACUUAACCAUCGGCCGCUUCCCCCAAGGAAAGGGGGUUUUAUCCGAGUCUGUGUUUUCCUCGUCUCAUUGAGAUAGUUCAUCUCAACUGGGGUUCACUCAAGACUUCCCCACUUGUGCUUAGAUAUGUCACUCCGUCUUUCUGUGUCUCAGAUCACCCGCACGUAAGACAGAGAGAAGUAACAACCACCUUCCCCAUUGCGGGGGGGAGGGGGGGAAUGCAGACUGGACCUGCUCCAGUGAGCCAGCCCAAAGCGUAGAUGGGAGCCUGGACGUUGGCUGUCUGGUGCUGAGUGAGUUUCUUCACCUCUCUGUGCUUCCUGCCCCUGUGCAAGGGCAGUGCUAUGAGGACUAAGUGAGUUGACUCGCCCAGUGAGUGCUACAGAAAUGCUUCCUCCUCAGUAUACAGAAGGUAUUCAAGAUAGUCGUUCUCUCUCCCUGAAUCCAAGCUUCUGUCUCCCCACAGAGACUGGAGGAAUCGGAACCUGAUAGAGAAAAUGUCUUCCUCCCUAAGUUCGUGGGAGCCCCCACGGGGUGUACUGAUGAGAGUCCUCACCCAUGCAUCUCCACAAGCCUCUGACUCCCCAAGAGGCUUGAUGGUUUGUCUUGACUUUUCAGCGGUUAGAAAGCUUCCUCCUUGGCCCCAGGGUUCACAGAGAAGCUGUGCUUUCAGUCAUCAUGAAUCAUAGGGGGGGGGGGGCGUUUCGUGCACUUUUCGAAUCAAAAGGCGUGAGCCUCUCACCUGCACGUGUGACCUGGUUCUCUUUCAGAGUACUUUGGCUAGCUAGCCUCACCGCGUUCUAGCACACCAAGCAUUAUUUGGGGGCAAGACCUCCAAGGACACCUUCUGCUCAGGGAGGUGCUGAAGCUGCAGACCUGUGAGUUGGAAGCAUUGAACAGUACCCAGGCUGGGGUCCGCAGGCUCUACACUGAAAGGAUAGCAGAGUUCUGAAGUAGCAUAUCCUGAGCUAGACAUGAACCACGUUCACCAAAGGCUACGGAAUCCCAAUGGGGUCAUACUUCAGACCUGAACUUAGACACUGCCUGGUGGCUCCAGGUUCUCCAGGCCACAUACACACCUCUACUCAUCUGGUGGCUCCUACAGAGAAAAGGACCCAGCUCCCUUGUCCUGUCCACACACAGUCCCCCUCGUGUGGUUAAAUUACCCUUCUUCCUACAUCCAUUUCGUCUCUAUCAGAAAGAGGAAGUUCUCUCCAAAAGUGGAAGCCUUUGUUUUGAACCCUGUUUUCUGGCUUGAUUCCCUGAAAACUUUCUUCAUAUUCUCUAUAUAGAGAAUGAUUAAGUUGACUUGAGAAAAUUAGAUCCAAUCAAAAAAAAAUAGACACAUGAACAACAGACACACCAGAGGAGCUUGAUAGCUGCCCCCUCCCCAUCCCCACCAGCCUGGUGGACAAACAAAGCAGUGGAGAUCCCUUCACUUAUUCAACCAGUCCACCCUGCUAUUCCCUUCAUGUCUCCAUCCUGCUGCCUGUGCGUUGCCUCAUCUGGAUGCUGCUGGGGCAGGCCAAGGUCUUACUCUCAGCAAGCUCAGAAUCCUGGGCCAGCAAGGUACCAGCUUGGAUGCUCAGGGUUUCAUCCCUUAGGUGACAUCUGCGAUAUUAAAACAUCUUUCCCUAAUGUUUACCCUCCCUCACAUCGAGGUGCCACCAUUAAACCACUGGUUUAACCUCUCGUCAUCAUAUACAAGUAUGAUUUAUUGAAGUGAACCCACAGUCAACGUCCUUCUGCUGUUCGUUCCUCUCAUGCGAGCUGCACAGCCACCCCCCUGCCCAGCUCUCACCUCCUCUGGAUCACAUCUUAGGGGGCAGAACCAGCACCUUGGGCAGCCUUGGCUGUUUUGGCAUCUGGGGGGGGGCGGGGCUGCCUGCAGGAGUGCUAACCUCAUGUAAUUGGCCAGAAGAGUGAGCAGCUAAUGACAUGGAACCUCUGGGAAGGUAAGUAAAAGGCCAGGAAUCCACUGCUGAGGCGAAGCAGAGGCUUUAGUAAUGAAGAUGGAGAGGUCUAAGGGGUGCGAGCCUGUUGUUGCCGGCAUUGUUUAAAGGAGCUAGUUAGUGUCGUCAAGUGCAAUGACCUCAUGCCACCGCAAAGGGCAGAAGGCAUGGGGUGUUGGUGCAUAUGAUAGAUGGUGACACAGAGGUUUCAUGAAUCAUGUCUAAGACGUGAGCUCUGCUUGGCAAACAGGAGACCUGGCGCAUGUAAAUGCUGGGGGGAAUCAGAGGAUAAAUGCAAUCUGGUGCUGCAGAAUGCACAGGGUUCUAGUGUUAGGUAGAUGGAGCUUGGCAUCUUGAGACCAGGCAUGCAUGCAGCUGAGCCCUGCCGAGCCUUGGCUUUCCCAUAUGUUCGAUAGGCCUGAGCAUUGGCUCACCAUUGGCAGACGGUUACUUGUGGCGAGAACAUCCAGUAACGCUUUCUGGUAUCACCUCAGUACCAAGCCAAGUCUGGCCCAUUGGAGGAAAACAGCCCAUAAGCACUUUUGCCCAAAAACAUUCAUUGCAGACAUCCUGUUAGGGGCAGUUCCUACAUAAGGCAGGGGAUGGUUAGCUCCGUGUACCUUGGGUAAGAUCCAGGUAUUGUGUAGGUGCUUACACAAUACCAAUCUCCAAUGAAGAUGCCCUGGUUUCUUCCACUUUGUUUUUCUGUAUUAGAUUAGCUGCCUCAAUAACCCCAUUCUACACACACACACACACACACACACACACACGCACGCACACACGCACGCACGCGCGCGCACGUACGCGCGCGCACGCACGCAGGAUUGCUCACAUGCCCACACACAGCACCUACCUUCACAAAUACACCCUCACAUGCUUUUGUGUGCACACUCACAUGCACCCACACUCUUACACACUCACUCUCACCGCCAGCCCCUUUAGUUACUGUAUUGCAUUUACUUCCGUUAAAGAGUCACUUAGUCCUAAGUCUGCAUGAGUAACGUGCUUUCCCCAGUGUCUUAGGUGUCUUAGGAGAGAUAUGACUCACACGAGAGGCUUAUAAAGGUCUUUCACAUUGCUACUCAUCUCAUAGCUGCUAUCACAGCCACAAGAAAAUGCCACUCUAGUGUGGUGGACAAAGAGAACGAGAGACAGCCACCUGUCUGUCAUCUUCCCACUGGUCACGAGUGAGCAGAGCCCUGCGAGCUCCACCCAGCCAAGCCUGUCCUAAUUGCAUACUUACAGGUGCACGAGCCAAAGAAAUGCUAGUAGCUGCUUCCGGCUGCUAGCUUCAGGGCAGUUCGUCCUGUAGGAUUAGUGUGACAACAAACUGCUGACAUCACCAGCUGCAAUUACCGUCUGGGAUGAAGCUUGAGAAGUGGCCUGAGAAGUGACAACGCUCUUUUCAUCAUUACUGCCGUCCUUCUCCCUUUUGAUCACAUAGAGUGUAAGCGAAGCGUGUAUGUGCGUGUUGGGAUCCAGCGGGCAUCAACUGCUUAAAUGAUGGUUAAGAACCAUGGCCUGGGACUGGAGGGAGAGCUCAAUCAAUGAAGUGGUCACCACACAAGCAUGGUUCCCGCCACCCAUGUCAAAAGCCAGGAGCAAGUGGCAUGCACUUGUCUUCCAAAUGCUGAGGGGGCAGAGCUGGGGACAAUUCUGGGGCUCUGUGACAAGCUGGCUUUGCCGAAUCGGCAGCCUCUACGUUCAGUAAGAAACUCGGCCUCAAAAAAUAAGGUGAAGACAGUUAAUGUGGAUCUCUGGUCUCCAUGUUUACACACCACACACACACACACACACACACACACACAGAAAGAGAGAGAGAGAGAGAGAAUGUGUAGUGUGUGUGAGAGAGAGAAUGUGACAGACAGACAGAAUUGUGACUGUGACCUGAAAAGUCCUAGUCAUCCCUGCUGGGCUGUGUCUCCUGUGCAGUUUGGCAUCUAUGACAGUUCUACCCAUGUUGCAUGAGGAAUUUGCUGAAUGCUGCUGCCAGUUUGUCUGACCUACUCUGGUCAUCCUGGUGAGAUGGUUCAGAGCUGGUAAGGGCAGACAAAACAUACUCGUUUCCUGUCCUGCUGCUAGAAAUUGUCACAGACUUGGAGCUUCAGAUGACAUAAGUGUCACUGUGGGGAUGCAUAGAUCAGAGAUCUGAUGGGGAUUAUGGGCUGAAAUCAGGGUGUAAGGACAGAAGCUUCUCGUUCUGGGGGCCAUAGGGCCAAUCUAUUUCUUAGACAUUUUCAGCUUCCAAGGGUUGCCCACCUACCUCAAGCCAUGAUCCUGCUGUGGUCUUAAUAUGUGUGUCCCUUUCCCAUAAUUCAUAUACUGAAGUCCUAAUACCCAAUGUGGUGGAAUUAAUAAUUAUGAUUAUACCAUGAGUGCCCCUAUCAUGAAUGAGAUCAGUAACCUCAUAAAGAGUCUCCAGAGAACUCCUCUGUCCCUUCCACAGAUGUAAAUGAGGUACGAAGACACCAUCUCUGAAGGGGUUACAAGUCCUUUAGACUCCCCAACCUCCAGAAUAGAAAAUAAUGAAUUUCUAUUGUCUACAGAUUUCCUGGUCUAAGGUAUCUUGUUAUGUCACACAGACCAAAAUAAAAUAAAAUAAAAUAAAGGCUUCCUUCUUUCAUCUUCAAAGCCAGCAAAGUGGCAUCUCUCUGAAUAAUCUCACAGCUCUCUAGUGUAUGUAUGUACGUGUGUAUAUGUAUGUGUGUGUAUUUGUACAUGUAUGUGUUUAUAGAUGUAUCUGUGUUUAAGUAUGCGUGUGCAUGUAUGUUGUACGUGUGCAUAUAUAUAUGGUGUACUUGUGUACGUUCAGGUAUGAAUAUAUAAGUGUGUACAUGUGUGUUGUAAGUGUGCAUGUAUGUGUGUACACAUGUAUGUGUGUAUAUGUAUAUGCACAUGUGUGAGUGUGCUUGAGUAUGUAUGUACAUGUAUAUUUAUAUAUGCAUGUGUAUGUAUAAGUAUGUAUGAGUGGGGAGUAUGUGUAUGUAUGUGUGGGCAUGUGUGUGCAUUCUUGUUUAUUGCACAUAUAUAUGUUUUACCAUGUGCAUGAAAGCCAGAGGUCAACCUUGUGUAUGGUUCCUCAUGAGCCAUUACUUGGUCCUUUUUGCGACUGGCCUAUAACUUACCAAGUAGGCUAGACUGGCUAGCCAGUGAGCCCCAGAGAUCUGUUAGUGAUGUGUUGGUCUCCCCUCCCUUCCAUGGCCUGCUGGGAUUAAAAGUAACACCACCAUACCCAGCAUUUUUAUAUAUGGGUUCUGGGGAAUCCAACUCAAGGCUUGCACAACAAAGCACUUUCCUGACGGAGCCAUCCCCCCAGCCCUGAAAUCAGCAAAGUCACUUUACUGCUAAGGCAUUGCGUGAUUAGAUCUGGCUCAUCGGGAUAACCCAGUAUACCAGAACUAUCUCAAGGUCGUUAAUGUUAAUUACAUUUGAAAAGUCUCUUUUGCAUGUUCAAGUUCCAUCGACUAUGGUGAGACGUCUUCAUGAGAACCCUGUGUUGCCCCAAAGGGUCGUGCACGUUUCCUUUCUUCUUAGGCUCCCCCUUCCUCCAUCCACUCCAGCGAAGAGGCUACGGCUCCACAACUCCACUGUGUGUAAAACCUCAGUGUUUAGCUCAGCAGAAAGAAGUUCUACACGCUCCCCAAAACAGAUCUCGUAGCAGAGCUGCAUUUGAAUAUGUUGAAAGUAAGCUGUUUUGGACCCCUAUGAAAUCAAGUUCUUGUUAGCUGCAGACAAGUUCCUGAUUAAAAUGGUCCAGAGGGUGUGUCCCCAACACGCACUGCUUACUCAUCUCUCUCGGUGGAAGCGAGGAUCCUGGAGGAGAAACGGAUUUAUUUUAUGGGGGAUUCACAGCCACAGAAAUUGCUUCAUGCAAAUGAAGCUAGGCAGUGUGACUUCAUGAAUAAGAAAUGAACUGACGCCUCUUCCCCCCACAGGCAAUGUCGCACACUGGGAAAUUAAUUGUGGCAUGCUUUGGGUGGCCCUGGCUGCUCUGUAUAGGGAUUCAGCAGACAAAAAAAAAAAAAAGAUGCUUUCCUUCACCAAAUUGCACAGGAGACGUUUAUGUCCUUCUUAGCUUCUCUGUGUGUUAUAAGUGAACCGUGGGUUGCUCUCCCUUCUCCCAGGAGCUUCUGGGGCCUUUCGAGACUGAAGAGUCUACUGCAGAAGCCACAUGUAGCACUGAGCCUCACAUUGAGAGUACGGCCUCAGUACCUACAAUGCCUGGGUUCAAAUCUCUGUUUCUCCUCCCUAGCUAUGUGGCUUUAAACAUAUUCUUACUCAACCCCCACCUCUGUUUCCUUUCUUAUAAAUUAGAUUCCAGUAUAGCAUCUACUUUGUGAGGUUGCUAUGAGGGUUGAAUAUGACCAUGAAAUGCUUAGGAUAGAGCCCAAGAGUUCUGCUGACCCCCGGAUACUACUGGAAGGGCCAGCUCACAUCACUGAAGUUAAAAUUAAAAUAGGGCUAGGAAGCCCAAGAGAUAGAGCAUGUUUCUAGCAUGCAGCAGGGCCUGGGUUCCAGCCUCAAUACCACACAACAGGGGUGUAGCAGUCUGUCUGUAAUGCCAGUACUCCUGAGACAGAGGCAGGAGAAUCAGCAACUCAGGGUCAUCCUCAGCUACAUAGUGAAUCCAAGGCAGCCUGGGCUACGUGAAACCCUGCCCCGCCCCCUGAAAAUAAUCAAGACUAAUAGUUACCUCUCUUUGCUGAUGAUUACAAGUUUUCACAGUGUUGAAAGGGAAAAAGAAGAAGACUAAAACUAAGUCUUGGGUCCCUGCCCCACUGCCCAGCUAUCUGGACAAGUCAUUUCCCUUGUUUUAUUUUCUUCCUUGUUUUAAUGAUUUCCUUGUCUGUUGUAAAUGAUAACAGUUGCUAAAUGGCAAGGUUAUUACGUAAGAAGGAGGUAUUCGGGCUGGAGAGAUGGCUCAGCGGUUAAGAGCACCCGACUACUCUUCCAGAGGUCCUGAGUUCAAUUCCCAGCAACCACAUGGUGCCUCACAACCAUCUGUAAAGAGAUCUGAUGCCCUCUUCUGGUGUAUCUGAAGACAGGUACAGUGUACUUAUAUAUAAUAAACGAAUAAAUCUUUAAAAAAAGGAGGUAUUCUCAGAAUAUUGUAGCUUAAAAUAAUCCCCAGUUUUGAGUAAAGAGAUAGCUUAGUAAUGUAUACUGCUAGUACAGAGGACCUAGGGUCCAUAUAGUACCCACAUUGAGCAAUUUUAAAUUGAAAUCCCAGCUCCAGGGCAUCUGUUGCCCUCUUCAGGCCUCUGUGGACACCUGCACUCAUGCACAUACUGCAAACACACACACACACACACACACACACACACACAGAGAGAGAGAGAGAGAGAGAGAGAGAGAGAGAGAGAGACAUAAACACACACGGACACACACAGACAUACACACACAGACGUAGAUACACACAGACAUAGACACACACACACAUAGACACACACAUAGACACACACACAUAGACAGAGACACACACACAGAGAGACAGAGACAUAAACACACACAGACACACACACAGACACACACACAGACAAACACACACACACACACACACACACAUAGACACAAACACACACAUAACUUUAUUGUAAUGCUCAGACAGGAGUUCAAGCCCAAGCAAGGCUCGGUGGAAUGAAUGCUAGGCAUUGCCUAAAGUCAGUCAUGAAAUUCAAUUGGUGGUAAGCUAUGACGUGCUCAUAUACGUUUCCUUGGCCCCUGAUGGUGACAUGUAAGAGCUGUCAUAGGUUUGAUCCUGUUACAUAAUAGAAACAUGGAGCCUACCUGCCAAGGGUCCCAAGCUGUAGAAGAGCGAUAAACGGAAUGCUCCUUCAAGAGCUCUAGAAAGAUGGAACCCCUGCCCUGCACUUCCUGUCUAAGCAUCUUCACGUCCUAAGGAAUCCCUCCUUUCACAGGGUCCAAAGCGAAAAGCUGAGCUAUGUCAUCUGCGAGUUAUCCUGACGGAUAAAAGUUCUUGAAGUUUGGGGGUGGACCUUUUAGGUUUUAUUGUCUUUACCCAAAGGUUGGGAAAGAAGAGUGAAUAAGCAAUGCUUUGUGACCACCUGAUCACGGUAUGGAGCUGAGCAGAAACCUGUCUUUAUGGGUAGUCCUUCCCUCCAAUAUGGAAGAAGGGGGAAGCGAACCAACCUUUUAGCAACUACUCAGUGUGGAGUAGGCUAAGCAUCUUGUGCACAUGGUCUCAUUAGAUCCCCAGGCCUGUCUUGAGAGAUACAGUGUUUCUCCAAUUUCUUAAAUAGGUAGCCAAGGUUUGAAAGGGCUAAGUUGCUUGCCCUAGUCUGUAGGUCAAACAUGGCAAAGUUCAAGAUUCAUAUCUGUCUGUCUAGUCUCAAACUCAACAUCUGGCUGGUUCCCACUCUAGCUUCCCUGCCGGGCAUACACUAGGCCAACCGGGCCUCCUUGGGUUGCAGCUGUAAAGCAUGUUAGGACAGACUAGGCAACUAGGGACAUUCUGUGGAAGGAUACUGAGUUAGCACAUAAAGAAACCAUUAUUUCAGUUGGGCAGAACAGUCACUGACUUGGGAACAGAAAGCCAACAGCAUGCUAGAACUUGCCCUGGGAUCUUCCUGUCUACUCCUCUCUGUGUGGUGGUGGGCCUUUUUCAUACCGAAGAUAACUUUGUAAACUUAACAGAAACUGUGGAAUCACCCACCCCCAAGAUUUCUUAGUCUUGCAUAAACUGGGUUUGGGGAGUGGUGGUAAUAGGAGGACAACUGACUGGAUGUCAUGAAGUAUGCUGGGCUUAAGUCAAGCACAGCAACAGCCUGGAUGGAUGAGUAAAGUGUUGGAAGUUGGCCCAGAGCCUCUAAAGAGGUUCUUCAGUUUUGUAUCUGAUGUACUGGGUGACCUUACACAAGUGACUGGACUUCAUUAUCUCCAGCUGUGAAAUAAGGUCAAUUGUACCUGUCCAUCAUCAUCCAUACUGGAAACAAGAUCAGUUCCAAUAGAGUGCAGAGUCUUGUGCCUCGAAGGGAGAGUUCACACUUGAUUCUGGUGACAUUGGCAUAACUGUAUUUCAUCUUCCAUCGGAAACAUCUUAGUGACUUUUCUCAUGACUCUAACAAAACACAGGACAAAAAAAGAUUUAAGGAAGAAAGAGUUCAUUUGGGCUCAGAAUAUAAGAAGGGAUACAUGUCCACCAUGACAGGUGAGGUAGGCUGGUUACAUUGUAUCCGUAAUCAGCAGCCAGGAAGUUGGACUGGGCUGUACAUCCUCAGGUCUCUCCCCCAGAGACCAACUUCCUCCAGCAAGGUUCCACCUCCUAGAGGUUCCACAAUCAUCCAAAACAAUGCCCCCAGCUGGGUACCAAGUGUUGAAACAGGAGAACCUGUGGAAGACCACAACCGGAAAGAACAUCGAGUUUUGACAAUGUGGAGCUCUUGAGUUGGAACACUGGGUGACUUAGUAGAGCUCAGAGGGAGAAAAAAAAAAAGGUGAUGUAGACCAGGAGUAGAGGCAUACAUAUCCCUCCAUUGUCCCUUCUCACCCAGGACUGUCCACGAACUGUGGGGACACACUACAAGGUGGACAAGCAAAACUUCCUGUUCAAACAGCAUUCAGAAUUUCAGGAUGGCUCCAGGAAGAACUAAGUCCAGCCUUUCCUAGCACAAGGCCCAGGUGAACACUGGCACAGGUCACAUGUCUGCAAGGCUGGCCUGGCUCCUCAGUGGCUCACUGACACAGAGAAGUACUUGAAGCCAGUGUGGGAUAAUCUCUCUGUGAUGCACUCUUCCUUCCUGGUACCAGUUUACUGAUGUCUUUGACACAUCCAAUAAGGAACAGGGAUUUUUGAACCCCAGAAACUCAUCAACAAGAAGUCUAUGGAUGUAUAAUAUUGCAGUUAAGUGUACCUAUCGAGCCUGUGUGUAUAUAUAAAUGUUUCCUGUUGACUGGAGUCUGUAGUUACUGGAGUGUUGCCAUGGAGAUUGGCAGGGCCAGCUGUUGUCUCAUUUCCCCCCAAAGAAUUGUAUGCUAAUGAAGCUCCCCUGGAGAGUUCUCCAGGGGCAAGACAAGCUAUUGAGAAGUCUGCAAACCAACUGCAGGUAGUGGAUGCCAAGCUCCUGUUUGCGGUUAAUAACAUGGUUUUAGGGGAUUCUGCUGGGAAGCAGCUAAUUGGGGAUAGGAAUCUAGAGGGAGGCUGCUUCAAGAGAGCAAAGUUGAAUCCUCUCUCAGUCACUGAAUAGCUGUGCUGUUGAAUUCCUGAGAGCCCAUUUCCUCAUUUAGAAAAUGGGAAUAUGUCUGUCAGAUUCAUGGGAGCUUAGGCAUGAAGUGUAUGGAAGGCUUGGCUCAGUUUCUAGACCAGACCUGUGGGUAUAACAAUGUCAUGAUACUGCCAAUAUUAAAGAAAUGAGCUUGAUUAAGCUCGUAGGCUUCACCUGGAGACCUAUGUACAAACACAUUGGCUCAUCUAGUCCUCAGAACAAACCCACCAGUGAGGAAACUGCCGUCCUCGUUUUAUAAACAGGACACAGAGUGUUUGAGAGACUCGCCUGAGGUCACCCAGCUAGUGAUAGCACUGUCUGGAUUCUAAAUAAAGGAGUCUGUCUCUGGAGCUCUUAACUGUCAUGCCCAGAGCUUCUGGGGGCGGGGGAAGAUUAAUGGUGACAUGGAGGCUAAGAGAUACAGAGUCUUCUGGUCUUCCCUUUGACUCUGGAAGUUCCAUCCAUGAUGAGACAACCAGCAGACUCCGCCCCCAGGAGGCGGGGCAGGCUGGAGGGGCAGGUGUUAAAAUAGGCUAUACUGGUGGGGCUGUGCAAGGGUCAGGGGUUCCGUUAAAGCCCAUCCCACUGACUCCUCUGGAGCUGCAAUAACUCCGACCUUUGUCUGAUCUGAAGGCUAGAUCUCCAUACAGGAUAAUUUGGGAGGAGGGUCUGCAUGCACAGCCCGACUCUUUGCUACUCACUGCAGGGUACUUCCUCCCAGGGCUCUGGGGCCCCCCACCUUGUCCCCCUGCAAACUAAACAACUACAGGCACUAAGCAGAGGUGCAAACCAGCCCCUUCCACUGCUGCCAAUGCAGUGCACUUCCUGUGGUCUGACAAGCAGCUUGGGCCUUUGCAAAUGUCACCCGGGCUGCACUCCCCUUCCCUCACUCUGGGCUCCAUGCAUCACUGGUGAAAUUCUCCAUCCUUCUGUGGGACUGUAAAUAGUCCUCAUUCAGGGAAGUCAUCCUGAUCACCCCAUCCCAGGUGUUAAGCCCACCUGUUAUCAACUUGUACCUAACUGCUGGUCCAGUCACUUGCUAGGAUUUGCAUUAGCCAGUUGUGAAGACAGUGAUUGGCUCGGAUCAGUCUUUGCUCACGAAUGUUUUAUUCACUCUCGAAUCGACAAACGCCUCCAACAACGGCUGGCCACAUUUGUUGAAUACGUGAAUAAGUGAGUGAGGUCCUACACAGCCCCACCCUGUGCAACAGGAAUCCGGACCCUCUGUGGCCCUUCCAGCCUCUUCGGUGUUCAGUGGGGGGUCUGUGGUCCCACUAAGUGUUCAGGAGAGCGCCAACACCUAGGCUGGGGGUGAUCAGGAUGACUUCCCUGAAUAAGGGGUAUUCACAGACGAAUGGAGACUUUCACCAGUGAUGCACGGAGCUGAGAGUGAGGGGUGGGGAGAGCAGCCCACAUGGCAGUGUGCAGAGGAUGCAGGGAAAGGACAGCCACUGUGUCUCAGGGCCAGGAUCUCACAUGAAGUUCUCCAUGAAGGGCCAAGAGUCGGGGUGGAUGUUAAUGCCGGUCUGAUCCUUACUGCGGGUUUCCCAGUUUCUUCUGUCAAAUGAGGAUAGGAUAGGGGCAAGUGAGUCAGACAACCCUGAAAGUCACUUCCAACCUGGUCAUUCUCUUCCUGAGGUCUGGACUCCUGCUGCCCAUGUGUACAUCUGCGUGCCUGAGUGCUUGCUAGUGCUCAGCAUCCUCUUGGAUGAAGGAGAACUGUGUCAUUAGCUGAGGCUGCAGCUUCAAUCUCCUAGAUGAAGUAGCCGCCCUUGGGGAAUAGAAAUAUCAAGGAGUUUGGGCUCAGAUGUCCUGUCCCAUGUACCCCGGGGGUGGGGGACGCCGCACCAUCUUGCUCAGCCCCUGUGCUGCUCCACAGUAAAGAUCAAGGAGGAGCUGUAUGCAAAUGCAGUUUCUAGAUGGCUGAGCCAGGCUGUUCCCAGGGCUGGCUGGGAUAUUUAUUCAACUCACUGUCACCAGAUGCUUUUCCAAGGCAAAGGCAGGGACUGUGAUAAAUGGUAACAGCAGCCACGGGCGAGGUGGGAGAUGAUCAGCCGCCCCACCUCCCUUCCCUGGUUCUUCCUAUUUUAUCUGUGAUUCCCCUGAAGCCUUGGAACCACUGCUCCUAAAACUCAAAGGAAGGAAUGGAAUUCUAUUCCCCGGCACCAGGCAAUGGGGUCACCGACGUUCGCUGGGGUUACUUUAAUCUUGCCUUAAACAUUCAACAAGAAAGAAAUGUGGUAAGCUGGGCCUUGCGGGCAGAGAAUCACCCUGGGGACUGGGUCUCCGGGUCUUCACUCAUCUCUGGUCUCACCCUUCUCCUGAACAUUUGCAUUCUACAGGAGGAGAUGGGGGGAUUUCACUUUUUCAAAAGGGAAAACAAAAAAGAAGUGGGUAUGCUGUGCUGGAAAUGGAGCCCAGGGUUUUGCUUGCAUUCGGCAAGCAUCCUACCUCUGAGACAACGGGUCCAGCUCUCAAGUCUUUAACUUCUGCAGUUGCAAUCUGUUACCACGAAGAAAGCAGGGGGCUACUUUGUAAGUCUGGGAGAUAACAGAACGGGAAGCAGACAAGGGGGAAAGCAGAAGGAAGAAGAGCAGCAGUGGUCUGGGACUGCGAAGGUUCCUGGAAAGCUGCUCAGCCUGGUUCUGAACCCCUUCCCCCCAGUGGGUCUAUGGUUCUGAUUUCCCCCCCUCCCCAGGCACUGAUCAGAGCUGGAACUCAUUACUCCUUGGCUACACCAUGAACUUGACAUUCUUUUAUGUUUAUUUUUAGCAUGAGGAAACUGAGGAACAGAGAGGCGGUGGAACCUCUCUGCCAACACAGUGCUCUUCGCCGAAGCUUUUUGCCUCUCUCUGACAAUACAUAAUAUUUUUUUCAGGGCAUGGUGGCACGCACCUGUGACUCUAGCACUGGGGAGAUGGUAGCGGGAAAAUCAGAAUUUCAAGGCCAUACUCGAUCACACAAUGAAUUUGAAGCCAGCCAAGAAUCCAUGUGACCUUGUCUCAAAGUAGUAAUGACUGGAUCAGCAGGAUGACUUGGGGUAGCUGAGGCAUUGUUGUUCAUCCCAGGCCUUGACUCAGGUAGUUCCAGUUCUGUCUUCCCAUUGUAAAUUGUGCAAGGGGAGAAACUGGUGAACAGGAGGGUGGACCGUGGCAAUGAAGGUGGCGUAACAGAGCCAGGCCCUCACUGAGGACAGUCCCCACCCACUGCUUAUCCCAGGAGAGUCCAGACAACAGAGAGUACAUCAUGUGGUGGAGGUCAUUGGAUGACGUCGUGCCCAGCCCAGGGUCAAUUGGUUGGUUUGCCCUUUUGUUGGGAACUGUGGGGAGGGUCACUCCUCUCUGGAGAUUUAUGGUGGUUCUCUUCGGCUCUGGAGCUAGGCAUCCAUGGCAAGACAUUGAGGGCAGAGCUGAGCAGAAGGAGGGCUUAGGGUCAGUACGGUAGGAAAAUGAGCUUUUCACUGUUCGGUGUGUUUCAAAGAACUGGGGUUCUAAGUAGGUUAGGUGCACAUGGCUCUGUGUUGGCAGUGAGUUCACACAUCUAUCUCAGCAGAGCCCCAUGCAAGGAUAGGAGGAGGACUUCCUGGAGGGAUCUUAGUGUGUACCUGAGGAAUAGGUCCACAAGGGUUUAGAGACCUGUUAAGGUCCCACAGCAAGGAACUGGCAAAACCACCCUGAUCCUGGCCUCUAUGUCUGUGGAUACUGUCUGUCUAGAGGUGUCACCAGAGAAUAAACAGGACACUGGGAGCAGGGGAGGAUGGGAUUGGUAUAGAUAAGGAGUCAGCAAUGCUGUGGACCUGUGUCCUCAUCCAACUUCCCAGACAUCCAGCUGCACCAUGGUCCCCAUGGACAGGUCCUAGGGUGCUGAAACCAGACUCUAGGAAUGCUGUGAAAGCCCAGCAGCCCAGCCUCUUGAAACAGAGAGGAGAUAUGCCAAGGUGCCUAGAUUUGGGAGGCAGAGAGGAAUAAAAGCUUGUGAUUACUCAGGGUACAGAUUUAGGGGAGAGACGGUAACAAAUAUAUUCUAAAAUUGAUCGUGGCGAUGUCUGCAGACUGAAAAUAAAAAUAACAUUGAAUCAUAUACCUUACACAGAAAGGCCUGAGACUUGGGCAGCAUAAAGUUGAUAGAUGGUAUUGGUGUCAAUGCAGGGUGGCCCUGGGAGGACCGCUGCUGAGCAGUGAGAAUCUGACCCUCCUGCUUUCUAGUUGAUAGGGCCUCAAGAAGUAGGCACUCUUUCCUGCUCAACAAGGAAUAUUGCUGUUCCUUGCCACUUCUGUGCAGGCCUGGCAUGUGGCACCAGAGAGAAACGUACCUCCCUCUGCCCUCUGUCACUCAGCUCUGGGUUCUCCAAUGCUGAGUCCCCCUGGUCGCCCUCACCACUAUGGAUCCUCUAGAGCUGUGCAGUCCCUUCCUAACCUCAAGCCCUGCCAUCUGGCCAGACACCAGCCUUUGAUUCUGACCCAGGGUGCUUUGCACAUUAAGCCCAGACUGAAAAACAAAAUCUGGUCCAAAGACCCCUUGCCAAGUAAGAAUGGACGUAGCCAGUAACAGCAUAUUCUGGAGUCUGUAGCCAGGACUGUGCACACCGCCCUCCGGGGUCUCUGCCUAAUUAAUGCCUUUUGAACCCUAGCCCAGUCAAUGACAUUGCAUCACCUGGGCAGAUUCCAAGAGAAAUAGACAAACUGUUCUCCUCUCUUUCACCAAGCCACUCUGCUCCCUGGAGAUAUCUGUCCCCAUGAAGUUUGACUGGGAGACAGAGAUAGUACCCCUCCCAAGGGAUGGAGAGGGAAGGGUGUCUGGUCUGCUAGGAGGGGUCCAUGGGCUCCAGGGAAAAUAGCCUAGUCUACUGCUCAAUGUUCGUGAAACCAUAGCAGACAGCUUUCUCCCAAAGGCUGAAACAAGAAGUCUGAGACUGGAAUGUGCUGUCCCGGGAGAAGACACUGGGAAGUGGGUACAGUGGGAGCUACAGAGAAACCUACCCUGAGUAGCCCAGUGGCUACAUACAGAGAGCAGAGAGGAGAAGGGAGGGAAAGGGAUAGCAUCCAGGCCUACAGGAAGCUAAAAUCACCAGUCAAGUACCUAGACUCACACUUGACUUUAGGAAGCCUGACUAGCUCAGAUCAGGUAACACAGCCCAUUUGAAUUGACAAGCAGUUCCAAGAUAGGUUCAAGCAACUCUUAUAUUUCACCUUUGGCCAGGAAACAAGCCGCAAAGCAUGCUGGACACGCCUGGGCCUCCCGUUUGUCCAUGCCGAAGAUUGUUAGCCACUUGUGUGCCUUGGGACCAAUGCCUGACCCCCGCCCCCGGUCCUUCAUCAGCUGCCACCAAACUUCUGUCAUACCACAAAGCUCAGUAACCAGAUGCAGGUGCCAUGACCCCAGAACUGUGUCACCUACUAAGUGGGGACAGCCUGGAGCCCAUGAAAAGUGAAAAAGUCCCUUUAGUUACCUUGUAAUAGGUGACAGCUUUGCUUGAAAAUCCAGAGUGCGGAAAGAGCCAUAAAUAGUUCUGCUCACACUGCCACCUGGGCGGGGGGCCAGAGAGGUGGGGUGCCAGGCCUCGUGGUUUCUGAGGGUGCUUUUUAUAGAUAGUACACGACAAGUGUGCUAAUCAGGCACCUUGAUCUGAAAGGUGAGACUUGGUUCUGCUGCAUCAACGACACAGUUGUCAUUACCGCUGACUUGCUUCGUGACUUUCACGCCUCUCUCCGUUCUGUCCUGUCAUCCAUGGUGUGUUCUAUCAGGAGUGUUAUCCAACAGAAGAGGCUGAGACCAAAGAGGGCCCGAGAGCCAGCGAAGUGUGUGACAGCCCGAGUCCCGUCAGGAUGAACCAGAGAGGGUCUUAGAGCCAGCGAAGUGUGUGACGCCUGGAGUCAUGUCAGAAAGUUUAUUUAUGUGGAGAGCUUAUGUCCCUGGGGAAGGUCUGAUUGCUAAGUCAAAUCCCAGGGUGGUGGCACCCUGGGUGGUAGCCAUGCUGCUCUCCUUAUCCCCUCCCCUACAGAGUCUCUACAGGUGAGACAAGCUGGGGCUAUGACCCUGAGGAGGAACCUUGUGAAUGCAAACAGUCACCCAUGGGCCAGUUAGUGCACAGAGACACCGGAUACAAAUGGAUUUACAACAUUAUUUAGGAGGGCUGAGAUUUUUUUCUCUCUCUCUCUCCCAUCAACUAAUGUGGGUUUAAUUGUGUGUCCCAAGAGGUAACUCGAGGUCCUAAUUCCUGUUGCUUCAGACUUGAUCUCACUUGAAACGGGUGUCACAACUGUUCUCAUUAAAAACCGGGCUACUUUACAGGAGAGCCAGCCCUUACCAGCUGCCAUCGGUGUCUGUGUGACAAGGAGGUGGAGGCUGGCCUGCUACUGCUGUAAACCGAGCAGUAUCAAGGAUGGCUGAAGUUAGGACAAGGCAAAGGAGGAUCCACCCAGUACCUCCUCCAAGUGGCCACCUUAGCUUCGAACCGCUGGCCCCUCCUAUUUGUUACAAGACAGCCACCGCUGCUCUUAGCCACCAGCAUGUGGCACUUGAUUUGGUUUCAGAAACCAGCACAAGUCUCUCCCUAGUCUCAGCUGGCCUAUAUUUUUCCUGAAAAUACUGUGACCAUCACACAGCCUGGCACCGGAUUCUGGAAGUUAUCGGGUCUGGCUCUGCACUAGUCCACCCUGAGUUUACCUUCUGAGCACCUGGAGCAAGACAACUGUAAUGUCUCCAUUUUCAACGGUGCAGUGAGACCUCAGCCGUACACCAACACACCCUUCGCCUACAGCUUAGCCAGCGUUUUCUCAUCGCACUCUUAACAGCUGAUAGCUCUCUAAUGCCCCUUUCCUCUGGGUUUGCUCUUACAGACAUCAUACGGAGCAAUUUCCAUUGCAGCUCCCAUGGAUAGGAGACCCUAAGCUCUGUCAUCCCACCGAGAAGAUGAUGGCAUGGUCAGAGUGCACCUUCCCUGUGGCUGAGGGAUGCCACUCACUCCCUUUGUCUUUGAGACCUUGCGUUUGUCACAUUGCCCCCAGAACAUGCCCCUCAGUUCUGUAUGUCCCACCUCACAAGGAGUCAAAGGGCUUAAAGGGUUCUGGGUAGCAGGCUGGGCUACCGGACAAAUUCCUAUUUCCUGGGCUGGUUCUCUGCAUAAACAUGAUCCAGGUUUUAGGGAAAUCUCUUGUCUCCAGCAGCUACCCCUCCUGUGAGGGAUCAGCUUUGAUAACAGAUUAGCCUCUAGAGCACAUCAUUCAUCUGGCCAUUCCAGUUCUGUUCCUAUAGUUAAUGUUCUGUGACUUUGCAACCCAUGCUGGGUGUUGAGGAUGCACAGGGAGUGAAAAGCAAAGCAUUCCUGCUCUCCAAGAGCUUAAAGAACUCACUCAGGCUGCCGGGGAAGCCAGGCAAAGAACAACACAAAGGGUGUUAAGUGCCCUGAGAGGGGACCUCAGGCAAGCUGGCAGAAUGCAAGCUCACACACAUGCCAGGGGGCACUGCACACAUGCUCACCCUAAGCCUUGGGAGGAAGACCUGCUAUCACCCCACAUGGCUAAGGCCAUGCAAGGCACCAUGGGAAGCUGUGCAGUGAUGAGCUGCCCAGAUCCCCUACACUAACACUGCUGUACUUUCUGCCCUUAUCGUUCCUGUGCUAGGGACUCACAGCUUCUAGUGACUCAACUCAACCUCUCACAUGCUCUGCCCAACCGCUCUUCACAUUCCAUGGCUCUCCAGCUGUCACCCCAGGUGGAUGACUUCACCUCUGUGCUGCAGGGCUAGUCUUGAGAUGCUCCCCUGACCCAUCUCUUUCUGAUCAAACCUCAUGGCUCUGGUCUGCAUUUGGAGUACACCAGCAUGCCUUUCAAAUCCUGGUCUGGUCUGUCUUAGAGUAGGGUGUGUGUGUGUGCGUGUGUGUGUAUGUGUUUGUGUGUGUGUCUCUGUGUGUGUGUGUCUGUGUAUGUGUGUGUCUGUGUAUGUGUGUGUCUGUGUGUGUGUGUCUGUGUAUGUGUGUGUCUGUAUGUAUGUUUAUGUGUAUGUUUAUGUGUAUGUCUGUGUGUGUCUGUGUGUUUGUGUGUAUGUUUGUGUGUGUGUGUAUGUAUGUGUGUGUGUGUCUGUGUGUGUGUCUGUGUGUGUCUGUGUAUGUGUGUGUCUGUGUGUGUGUUUGUGUGUAUGUUUGUGUGUGUCUCUGUGUGUGUUUGUGUGUAUGUAUGUGUGUGUGUGUCUGUGUCUGUGUGUGUGUCUCUGUGUGUGUUUGUGUGUAUGUUUGUGUGUGUGUGUCUGUGUGUGUGUCUGUGUCUGUGUGUGUCUGUGUGUGUGUUUGUGUGUGUGUUUGUGUGUGUCUCUGUGUAUGUGUGUGUGUCUGUGUAUGUGUGUGUGUCUGUGUGUGUGUCUGUGUGUGUUUGUGUGUAUGUUUGUGUGUGUGUCUCUGUGUGUGUUUGUGUGUAUGUAUGUGUCUGUGUGUGUUUGUGUGUAUGUUUGUGUGUGUGUCUCUGUGUGUGUUUGUGUGUAUGUAUGUGUGUGUGUGUCUGUGUGUGUGUAUCUGUGUGUGUGUCUGUGUGUGUGUGUGUGUCUGUGUGUGUGUCUGUGUGUGUUUGUGUGUAUGUUUGUGUGUGUGUCUGUGUGUGUGUUUGUGUGUAUGUAUGUGUGUGUGUCUGUGUGUGUGUGUAUCUGUGUGUGUGUGUCUGUGUGUGUGUUUGUGUGUAUGUUUGUGUGUGUCUCUGUGUGUGUUUGUGUGUAUGUAUGUGUGUGUGUUUGUGUGUGUGUGUCUGUGUGUGUCUGUGUGUGCAUGUGUCUCUGUGUGUGUGUAUCUGUGUGUAUGUGUGUGUGUUUCUGUGUGUAUGGGUGUGUCUGUGCCUGUGUGUGUGUCUCUGUGUGUGUGUGUUUGUGUAUGUGUUUGUGUGUGUGUGUUUGUGUGUAUGUUUAUGUGUAUGUAUGUGUGUGUCUCUGUGUGUGUGUGUUUGUGUGUAUGUUUAUGUGUAUGUAUGUGCGUGUGUGUGUGUGUAUCUGUGUGUGUGUGUGUGUGUGUGUGUGUGUGUGUGUGUGUGUGUGUGUGUGAAUGUCUGCAGUUGUGGCAGAUACCCAUCUUCCCGCUUGGUUGGGCAUUUCCUUCACAGCAGUUAUUUUUUUUUUUUUUCGGAGCUGGGGACCGAACCCAGGGCCUUGCGCUUGCUAGGCAAGCGCUCUACCACUGAGCUAAAUCCCCAACCCCCUUCACAGCAGUUAUUAAUCUUGUAAGUCCCUCAUUUGUUUGAUCUUUCAACAAACAUUUAGUGAUUUAACAUUCCUCUCCUGACAAAACGGUACAUUUGAUGAAAUCAGAAGUCAUGCCUGACUUGCCCACCUGUGUACUUUUCGAAAGAAACAGGAGAAUAAAUACUGUUUUAAUCACCAUAAUGACAAUGGACUGGAUGUUUGCACUCCGCACCAAAUUAACACAUUCAGAUCCUAACUCCCAACCUUUUCCCAAGGAGAUAAGGCAAUGAAAAGACUCUAGAGCAUUUCCCAACUCUUCCAUGAAAACUCAGUAGAGAGAUCAAUCUGUAAGGCAGCCCCAGAACCUGCCGGUGGCAACAACCCCACUCUGGGACUUCAGCCUCUAGAACUGUGGGAAUAAUUCCAGCAUCCAGGAGGUUCCCCUGGCUGUUCCUAUCCUGCAGACCAUCAGCCCAGCGUACACAUGCUCCAUGGGCUCCUCCCGUCUUACAUCAGCAGACCUGGUCCUGGGGCUGCAGUCUGUUGACUCAGAAAUGACCAGGCCCAGAAAAGAACCUUCGGAAGCACAUGGACCCACAGAGGAUCAAGUUAGCUGUGUGGGCACCAGAGGCCUGACGAGUCAGGGAGACAUAAGGCCCCCGGGGGAUGCUGAUGCUGAAGUCUGGGAUGCACACUGGGCCAUCAGCUGCCCCACAAGCCUGCCCUUGGGGUUGUAUUUAUUUUGAGCUACACAAAGCACACUUGGCUAACUGAGCAGGAGGGAACCUGGUUGAGACCUUCUCUAUUCUUCACUUUGGGCCUGAGGACCCAAAGGUCCUUUUAUUUUUGCUGCACCAAAGGGCACCAGGAGCUGGGCUAUCCUCCAUGGUGCAGGCUUUGUAGAGCAUGCAUGGCAAGGGCUGGGCUGCUUCAGUGUGAUGUGUCCUUACACCAGCAGGCAUUGGCAUUUUAACACACACACACACACACACACACACACACACACACACACACACACACACAAUUUUACAGUUGAAAGUAUCCCUUGCUCCUGGUCAGGGUGUCUUGCUCAGUACAGAUGAGUUUUCAAAGUGCUACCAAAAUCUAACGAAGUGUUAGAGGGCCUCCAGUGUAGAAGAGAAGGAAUCACACCAAGCCCAUGGCAAAACCCAUGCCACAGCCAUUCUACAAGACCGACCUGACGGUCUGCCUCAUCUGUCCAGUCUGACCUGGUCCUGGGCCUCUGUGCUGACCACAGUACCUAUUCCCCUGCUCUGCCCACUCCAUGCCUCCUCCAGACUUUCAGUGUCUCCCACUUCUCUCCUUCCCCACCCUUCAGGGCCCCUCCCCUAUUUCACUUUUCUCUAUAGACCACGAGGGGCUCCUUGGGCAGGGCAUGAGCGGGCCAGUAAUAGCAAAUACCAAGGUAUCUCAAGAAAGCGGAGCGGGAAAAUGCUUCGUCCCCAGCAGGACCAGUGGCACGUCCCCAGGUGCGCUGGGUACCAGGUGCUUGGCUGCUUCCUAUCCCAAGCUGGUGCUGGCAGGAAACAGAGGUGCGGGCCUCCAGGGAGCAGAGACUGCUGCUGCUGCAUCUCAUUAAUCUUCUGCUAAUUGUGGCAAAUGGGAUUUUACAGUUCCCCAGGCCCUCCCCAGGAGCUAUGGCUGCACCUCGAGAGGGGGGCUAGGGAAGGGAUUGCAGGCCAGCCACGGAAUCCCUUCAAGACCCCCCUGACUUGUGCAGUAUGCUCUCUGUGUGACUCUGGGAUGGAGGGGUAGAAUCUACACUGAGCCUUGCCUUUCUUUCUCCCAGGCCCUAAUGACAUCCUUGGUGUAAAUCAAUCACACUGCCUGUCAGGGAGCUUGUGGCCAAAAGGAUGACUGAGUGACUCAGCUGACUCUCAAAGUGGCACAUAAUUCCUUCUGAAGGUUUGCUACCCAGGGCCCAGCAGCCUCGGUCGCCAAGCUGCGUAGACCAAGGUCCUGAAUCUACUGUAAAAGGGAAGCUGGCUCACCAGCUAUGGCCUCUUGGUCUCUGGGUCUGUACUUCCUCCCCUGUAAUGUCUGAGAAGAAUAAUCACCUCUCUGGGGAUAGAACAAUGAAAUUAAACUGCAUCCAAGUGCUUCUGGUGGAGGACGUUUCUUAGCAUCCCUUCCUAAGGAUGUCCUCGCCUGUCUAGUUCUCCUCAACCCUUGCUUUUUAUGUGAUGGCGGGCACAGCUCUCCAUUAAUAACCAGUGCUUAGACUAAUGAGUGAUGGCUGGGCUCCACACUUUGUCUCUGCUCUCUACCACACCCUCCAGAGGGAGCAAGGACAGGACCAGGGAUAGAAACCCUAUCUGAAGGUGCCCUAACAAAGAUGAAAACCUGAGGCUGUUCUGCCCAGCCUUGUACCUUGGGGGUCAAGCCCAAGUCUUCCUUUCUCUUUGCCCAUUACCAUCUGGUCACUUUUGUAAAGAGCCCCAGCCAACUGUCACCUCUUACUCCUGUUGUGAGAGACAGACUGAGAGAGGGAUAAAGCUGGGGUUUCAGUGUUUGUGCAGUAGUCACCUUGCUGAAUAUCUUGGAUAACCAUGGGGUCCCAGUUUCUUGGUCUGGCAAGUGAGGUCUUCUUCCCAGAGCAGUCUCAGAGUUUCUUAGGACUUGGGAACAUGCGGGAUCCUCAGCUCAAGUGGACAAUACAAUCCAGGCACAGCCACACAGAGGCCUACAGAGGCCAUGGGUAGAGCCAUAGCAAGAGCUGGUUCAGAGAGCUCCUGUUUCUUUGAUUAAAGGAGCAUAGCCUCCACAGGCUUCUCAUUGGCUGAUUGACAGAGAAGAUGCAGCUUCCUCCUCAUGGAGUUGACAGGGUUCCUCAGGAAGGGGACACCCACAGUGGUGACCCAGCUUUUUGCCUUCCUCAUAGCUGGGGCAUCCCUAGCUACCCUGGCCCUGGCCAGAACCCCUGAGGCCCCCCAGCUUCUCACAGUGUAUGCCCAGUCUCUGACAGACACUGUCACCCAUUCGCAACCACAGUCAUUGAUUUUAGGCACUGAGAUUACCUUCUGUUUCUUCAAGGCAAUUUCCCUGAAUUGGAGAAAAAUCAUGAAACAUCGGAUAAGGGAGUUGUGUCUUCUUGUUGUUAUUGUUAUUGUUGUUGUUGUUGUUGUUGUUGUUUUGUUUGUUGAAGAUGGGAGAGUUAUUAUCUGCAUUUUACUUCAUGGGGAUCUCCUGAUGGUGACAAGAUCAGGGUCACAGCUGCCCAUGGUGGUGCAUGUUUUCAAUGCCGGCAUCCAGGAGGCUGAGGCAAGAGGGUUGCCAUGGGUGACACAGAAUGAGUACCAGGCCAGCUAGAGCAAAAAUAGAUAUCGGCUGUCGUCCGGCUACUUAACCAUAUCCAUGUAAAUUAAUUCAACCAACCUACAUCUGGGGUCUCAUAGUUUACCAUCUGGGCACAAGGACUGGGUGAGGUACGAGUUUAUUCAUAUUGUCUUUAUGAGUGUAAUGCCAUUCACAGAAAGAUGUUAGAAUGCAGUUUCCGUGAGAACAACUGAAGCCUGGGAAUGUCAGAUAAAGGCUUUUGAGCUCCAAGGCUUGUUGGACCAGUGUCACUCUGUAGACUAUCACCCUGAGCUUGAGGUAGACACAGCCUUGAAGUACUGUCGCUGUCGCCUUAUGAACUAACACAUCCUCUAGAACACAAAAUUAACAGUGGCUAAGUCGCACCCAGACCACAGUCCUCUGCGAGCCCACACACACUGCUGACCAGUGGAAACCACUUCAUGCCUGCCCUCUGGUGCUUUCAGACAUCCUCCUUCCUCACACAUACACAGGCUGUUCCCUCUACCAGGAAGGAAGCAGCCUCCCAUGAUGUGUGCACCAUGAGGUCUAAGUCAGGCUCCUCAUGGGGAUCUGCAUCUGAGCUCUGCCCUUUCUCACCUCUCAGACUGCUAAGGUUCCCUUCCCCAGAAAAUGGAGAGAUGCCAAGUCCUUGUUGCUUGAUAAGUCAGAACACCAGUCCUGCCUUGUCUAAAAUGGCGGUUCUCUAACACAGUGGUUAACACAUCUGCCACACUUGGGGCCACCUCCCAAGUCCCUUCCUCUCAAGACCCAUAGGGGCCAAAGCCCCGCACUAACCUAAUGCUGUAUCUUAUGUUGGCCGACCUAAUGCUAUAACUUAUGCUUAGCCAAACUUGGCCAUGGUCUAUGGAGUAAUUUCUCUCCAGCGCCCCCAGCCUCACCUGCCUUCUUCUGUAGCAUCCUCACUCUCUGCAUGUCACCCUGCUUCCUUCUCAGCCGAUCACACUCACCUCCCUGGGCCCUGCAGUGGACUGUGUUCUCUCUGUCUGGAUCCCUCAGCCAUACCACCCUGUCCUGAUCUUUCCCUGGAGAGCUUCUGCACUUCAUACAGUUUAACAUUUAACUCGGCUUCCUGGGCUUCCCCUGGGAAGUCUGUAGAUAACCCGGGUUGACCAGAUCCCCACCUCAAGACCACCUUCUUGCCCAGACCCCCCAUAUAGUACUUGUUGUCCUUGUCCACCUAUCUAACCCCCCUGUUUGGCUGUGACCUCAAGGACUGGGCCGCCUCUGGAUGGAGACCUUCUUGGCUCUUUGGAGCAUCUGCCCAUUAGGACAAGCGCCUUCUGGGGACUGGGUGUGACUUGGCCACUGUUACCUUUGUGUUGUGGAUGGUGUGUCAGUUUGUAAGGGGACAGUGCUUCAAGAUUGUCUACAUCUAAUGUACAUUUCCUGCUUCGAGUUCAAACCUUGUUCAUCAGCACAACAGCUAACAGCAGUGCCCGAUGACAGAUGGCCCGGCACUGAGCCUGAACCCUGGCUCCACAGCAGGCCUGGAGUAGGGCACACAUGUCUGGCAUGGUAGAUGCUUUCAUUGAUCUAGAGUCCAUCUCUAAGGGUGCUGUUGUGAAGUCAGCCAGAUGACAUCAGUGCCAGCAAUGGGGGCUGGGCCUAAAAGGGCCAGGCCAUGUCUGCAGUCUCCUAGGAUGACUGGACCAAGUAGGCCAUCUCUAUUCUAAUAUGGAGACUUUCUGUUUUAUGUGUUAUGGUAUUUAGUUUUAUUUUGAUUCUGAAGUUUAUGGUAGGAGGUUCCAGAAUCCGACUUUCAAAGUCUCUUCAACAUUAAGAACACCCUCAGAUAAUGCCAUCCCAACAGUUCAACAGACAUAUCUGGGUUUUCACAGUUCUUACUCAAAAUCAUCAUGUCUAGGCUCUUGGGCCUUGUUUAGCAGACAAUUAGGAUUUAGUGCCUGGCAUGCAUGAACAGUGUUGGAUGACACAAUUCUGUGUAAGAGACUAUAGUGAUACCUUCCCCACUUCCUAUUAGCCCCUUCCUACUUCCUGUUAGCCCCUCCCCACUUCCUCUUAGCCCCUCCCACUUCCUCUUAGCCCCUCCCCACUUCCUCUUAGCCCCUCCCCACUUACUAUUAUCCCGUUGUAUGAAUUGGCUGGCUGGUUAUUACUCUGUGAAUGAUACUGGCUUCUCCAUUAAAGAAAUAUCAAGUUAGCAUCCACAUUGCUGUUUGGGCCAUAAAUUUAAGGCAAAGUACAGAGCCCAGCACCAGCAUGGAUGCCAUAGCACUGAGUGCAUCAGUGCUAGAUCUUAACCUGGCCGCAUUGGGAACCCCAGAGGGACAUUAACAUGCCUUGGAGAAAUGGACAAGUAGCCAAGAUGAAGUCUCAUGCUGGUCUCUAGUGGCCUCUCCCGCUGAAUGUUUCAGAUUAUCAGGAAUGUGUAGGAUCUGCCAUGUUUCCACCACAGCCAUUCUAGUUCAUAUUCUCUCUGAGAGUUGGGGUUGAUUUCUUCUCAGCUAUCUGCAUCUCCAUCCAAGUGAAACAGAAGAGAGAGGUGCAGACCAGGGAGGUGAAUCCUGCUGUCUGUUGCUAGUGAUGUGGAAACCAUACAUCUUGUUUAAGGAGGUGCUGACAAGUCUAUGUACACAGGGAACCACCCCAAAGCCAAGGCUGGGAAGUUCCUCAAGUAUGAGGCACCCUCAGUGAGGACCACCAUGUCCGCAACACUUCUGGGACCACAGACAGACUAGGAAGAGGGUCUUGCUUCCUUACAAUUAGUGACUUUGGAGAUCUCUAUGCCACCAGGGAAAAGCCUGCCCUUACCUGCUCUUCUCAUCUAGUAAUGGACAGGGAAGGUCUCCUUGGGACCCUUGCCCUGCCCUGCCCUGCCCUGCCCUGCCCUGCCAUUGCCUGAAGAUGUCUGCAUCUUCUCCCUUGCUGAAACAUAGCCGUAGCAUAUAUUCAAUGACCUUCUGAGGCUGCUGUUGGAAGGACGGUGGUCCAGAAAAUAUAUUCUUGAACCUCGUGGACAGUGGGACACCAGAGGACAUAAGGACAUUCUGGGUGAACACCUGAGAGCUAACACCAUUCUGUUGUUUACACCCCUGCCUUGCCAACAGGUACAAAGAGGGAGCAGUGGACAUUGCAAAGCAUGGCCUGAGAACAGCACUAAUUCCCUCCCAGCAUCCUGAUGUUAGUGUCCAUGCAUGACCCUACCCUUACACGGUCCCCAUGGAAUGUAUGUCCUUUCUGUCUUUAAUUACCCUGUGGCCAUAAUAGCUGAAGGAGAAUUCAGACGUCCAUUCUCCUCUUGGGAGAUAAAAGCAUGAUCAAACUUCAUGAAGAUUCAGGCAUGACUGCUUGUCCCUCUCCCAAGACAGCUAUCACUGAAACGUACAAACAACAGGGGCCUUCGGUAGGAGAUAUCCCCUUGGGAGCCUGUCACCUGACUGCGACUCUCUUCCCAGUACUUGCAAGCACCCGUCUCACAGCCUUCCAAUCCUUACCAUAAAUCUCCUACUAUAAAUGUAGAGCUCUCGUUUUUUAUAUGCAAAACUUAAGAAUAUUCUACUAAUAUGAUCUGUUCAGGUGCAGAGUAAAUAUUUUUUUCAAACAAGAAAAGUGUGUUCUAUCUCCAAUGAGUUCAGAGAAGUUUCCAUUUCUAGAGUUACAGACUCAGUAGCCUCAUCAAGAUGGUCGAGAAGGGUUUUUUAGGUUUUGUGUUUUUAAUGAAAUUUUGGAAUCUUUGCAUGUGCACAGUGAGAUAGCUGAUGAGUUUUCAGCUGAUGAAUUUAUAUUUCAAAAAGAUACUAUAUCCAUAGUCGGGGUAAUUUAUAUAGUUUUUUUAAAUAAUUUGUGUAUGAAACGAAGUUUCAUGGUGUGGACGUUUUUACUGUGUCAUGUAGAUGCUCAGAACAUCUCAGACCUGGGAGCAAUUCAGAUGUCAGUUUUGAAUUGAGAAUCCUCAACCCACGUUCCCAAUUCUACCACUGUCAGGCAUGCUGGCUACCAUUAUGACUGUGACCAAUUACCUGACAAGCAGAGACUUAGGGCAAGUUUUGGCUCCAGUUAGAGAGGAUAUAUGGGAAAGAAGAAAGCACGCUGGUGGGAGUGUGUUGUGUCAGCAGGAAUGUGAGGCUUCUUGCUUACAUCAUGGUUGUGCGGGAAGCAGAGGCAGGUGAAUGCUGGCAUUCAGAUGGCUUUCUCCCUGUUCUCUUUUUACUCAGACCAAGGCCCCAGCCCAUGGGAUAGUAGCACAUACCCUCAGAGAGUGAAGUCUCCUCCUCUCAGUUAACUCUCGGAAAAUGAUAUCACCCAUGUAUCCAGUGCCCUAAACGUUUCCUAAUUCAGUGUUGGCAAUCAAAGCCAGGCGGUCUAGAAUAGAGGGAUGGCUUAGCGAGUGAAGGUGCUCACCACCAAGCCUGCUGGCCUGAGUUUGAUCCCUGGAACCCACACAAUGGAAGGAGAGGGCUGACUCCUCUGACCUUCACAUUGUGGCCCUGCUGCUGUCAUUUCACUCUCAGUAGUGAGCAUUAUUUCUAGGUGACUAGAUAAUGUCCUCAGACCCACACACGUAAUAACACCUUCCUCUCACUGAUCCUCAAAACAUCACGGUGCUCCUUCUCAGAUGAGUUAAAUCCUUUGUCCCACGUCCCUUAGCAAGCUAGUGAGGAGCCAGGGUACGACCUUAUAUGUCUUCAGAACCUGCAUUCAUAGCACUAAGCAUCCUGGUCUCCAGAUCUGGAGGGGACAAGGGUGAGAUCCAGGUCAGAGUCACCUGAUCACAUGUUCUCAUCUGGCCAAUGAGAUGACACUCCUUCUGUACUGCUGCCGUAACAGCUAUGGGGAGAGCUGAGCCACACUGGAGACAGGGUCUUCCUGUAACUGCCCUCCCACAAUGCUCUGAGAGCUGUCACCAGUCUGUCCUCUCCAGACAGAUGCUUUUUCUCCUUAGAGAAAGUACAUCGCUGUCCGAGGACAUUUUACCUGCCAGGCCCUCACCUGUGUGGCUGCUUUCAUUUCAUCUGGGACUCUUACUCACAGGAUGCCAGCUAUGGGUUCCUUCGUUUGCGUGUCCAGCGGUUUCCCCCAUUGUGCUUCUGUUUGGGGGCCCAGGAGUCCGAGCUACCUUCUGGUAUCAUCUACUUCAUUUGUUUGCCUGUUUGAUUCUUGCUCAACUCCCUGACUCAAGUACAUGCUCCCUGGGAGCAGAAACAGAUCAGCCACGCCUUGCUGUGCCCAAGAGUGCAGUGCAUGGCUAAUUGUUGUUCAAGUGAUUUGGGUGAGCAUGCUCUAGCACCCACCUCAGGUAUGGCACUCUGUGAAGAGAAAACAAUGUCAAGGUGAAGGGUACAGCCCAUGGGCCCUAAGAGCUUGAUGCCUCAUAGGGGCGGAGGCAAAGCAGGAUGCAGGGCAAAUAAGAAAAGGAUUUGAGCAAGGAAGGAAAGGAGAGAGCUCAGCGUGGGGUGGGAGGUGAGAGACAAUCACUAAGCAUCUGAUGAAGUAUGAUAAAUAUGGGGAUUAUAGAUGGCGUCGGGCCUGGGAAAGGCCCAAGGGGACAAGGCUCAGGGCUGCAGGGGUUCUGAAACAACUUUCUGGAGCCCAGGGAGUGAGGGUGGAGUAGAAGAGGCCAGCUUUGAGAGCACUGCCCCAUAGCAGGAACCUAGAUCUCAUUCCUUACAGAAAAGAAGCCAUGAAGACAGUUCACACUGAUAACCAAGGAAGUAACUCUCGGGCCAGCAUCCAGUGCUCACCCUGCUACUCUUUUUCUUUAAAGAUCUGCUUGUUUUUUAUUUUAUGUGUAUGAGUGUGUGCCCACACAUAUGUCUGUGUAUCAUGGGCUUGCAGUGCCCAUGGAGGGCAGAAGUGGGUUGAAUCCCCCAGAACUGGAGUUAAAGAUAAUUACAAGCUGCCAUGCGGAUGCUGGGAACUGAACCUGGGUCCUCUGGAAGAACAGCCAGUGCUGAUCCAUCUUUCUACCCCUUCAUUCUGCUACUUUCCCAUCAUAAAAUUGGCCCAGGAAAUCUACGUCCGUGAGCCCAUUUUCUCAUUUGGAGUAGGUGAACCUUUACAAAUGAAUGUUGAGUAAUUGGGGCUUCUGUCGUUGGUGUGGUUUGCACAGAACCAGCAGAGGAUGUAGAAGGGGCUUGAUUCAAGCUAGAUCCCUCAGUCAUGCUGUGGACUGUGACUUGACAGUGGCCAUGGGGUAAGCAGGGGAGACAAGUACAAGGCAAAGAAUUAGAAAACUGUUGGAAUAGUUAGGAAAGCUCAGACUCGGAGCCUCUAUGGUAGAAACCUGGUUAAAAGAGGCACAGCUGUACUUCAGCCCUAAAGACUAAGGGAACAGAGACCAUAGGAGCCCCAAGUCGGUGAGGGUAUAGAAACUCAGGUACAGACUAAGGGGAGACACAGCCCAGCCUAGCAUGGGUCCCCCUGCCAGCUCUUUGCUUCUGUAUCUUCUUUGGAAGACAGAGCCAGUUCUGAAUCUCAGGAAGCUCCUGUACUGGGAAGGAGUGUCCCGUCAUUUGUAAUGAGUGAUGCAUUUUUAAUUAAAAUGGAAAUCACUGGAGCAUUCUGUAAAGUUUUACUUGGGGAAUUUGCCUUCUUGCAGGCUCUGCCUUAAUUAGCAUUCUAUUUAUCCCUUAUUAAUAAAUGAUAUCCAAGCAGUUCCUUCUGCCUCCUUUGAUCUCAGGGUCUCGUCAUUCAUGAGACAAACUCUGUUCCUCACUGACAGUCAGAGAUCAGUGGGCCCAAGCAGGUCCGACUUGGAGUUCGAGAGCUAGGGUUCUCAAAACAUACCAGCAACAUGGAGACUUUUUUUUGGUUAUCUGGGGUCCAGAAGCUAUCAUGUGCACCUCCAAGGUUGAAGGUGGCACCUUCUGAAAACACACCUUUUUGAUGGAGCCACUAAACUGGGCAGUUUAGACUCAUGACAGCGGCCCUAGAUUGAUCAGUCAGGACCCAGCUCCAGGAGCUAGAUGCCAAGGAGCACUUGCUGAUCUUUGACCCAAAGUCAAGAAAGCUCAGUAUGUCUUUCACGAUCACAAAGCCAGGCAGCGAGUGCCAGAGAACCGUGGAAAGCUGAUGUGCUGUGUUCUGUCUUACAUUGGGGGCUUAUGUGCAUGGUCCUGAUCAAUGCUCUAAGCCAGGUAAUAAGAGUAAAAUAGCUUUACUCCAACCGCCUAGAAGACAGAACCAGCUGGGGUGAAAUUCAUCAGCCUCCUUACAGCUCUCCAGCUGUAAGACAGUUAAGGCUGAGACUGUGGACUGCAAGGCCCUCAGCUCCAUUUGCUGAAUUAGAACUGCACUCUCCCAGUUUGAACCUACUGCCCUGACUGUUCAGGGUAACAUCCGGUCCUUUCUGCCCAGAGUGUGUGCACUAAGGACCAGCAGCGCUAGCCCAUAGGUGUAUAUUAAAAUGCAGGACCCAGACCCCACUACAGACUCAUGAAUCAGACCCUACACUUGGACAAGGUCCCAGGAUGUGCCAAUACUUGCUAAGCUUAAAAAACAAACUAGAGAUCUGAGCACCUGCCAUGUCUUAGUAAAGUUCAGGGUGCAGAUGAGGCCUGUGACCUUGGCCAUGAGCCAGAUUCUGAAAGCCGAAAGCUAAGAUUACCCUAUAUUCCCAGGUUGGCGCCAUUGGACUUUGGGAAGAUGGUACAGGAGCCAGGGGCCAGUCUUAGUAUCCCCAAAUGACUGGCAAAUGCCUUUAGUUUUAUCAUAAGCACACAGUAGAGCCUGUCACACAGUAGGGCCUUGGUCACACAGAUCUUUGCCUUUGUCAAGAGUUAUAAUAGGCCCAAAGUGUAGCUGGUUAUUUAGGACAGUAGAGGAUUGGAUUGGCAAUCACACGUGCCUUUGAUUAAUAAAAAUGAAAUGAAACAGAGAUAUGCGCUAAUUGCCUUUCAGACACAGGGUUUAUUUGGGACAAUGCCUUUCAGAUUGUGAGGCUCAUGGGAUAAAGGAGAUUGUAAAACAGUUCAUGACAAGUGGCACACAAAUGUCAGUAACUGCAGUCCCAACGUUCUGACACCACUGUCUAUGAUUGUACCGGAAUACAUGUGUGCACAUACAGAGAAAGGCGCAUACGCAUAAAUAAAAAUGAAAUGAAAUGAAAAGUUCUCUGAUGGUCUGGAAUGCCUCCUUAUUUUUGGAG